GAGAGAGAGCGAGAGAGAGAGGUAGAGAGACGGGGAGAGAGAGGCAUACACAUAGACAUGCACAGUGGAGGAGGAGGAGGAGGAGGGGGAGGCUCCUGAUACCAAGACACGGAAAAGCAGGGGAGGGAAAGAGAGAAAGAAAAAAGGGGCUGGUGGAGGAAGAAGAGGAGCGGGGAGUGGGAGAAAACAGGGGGAAUAACACUUCAAGAAAGCAUAGAGAGAAGAGGAAGGACAGUACCUGGUGCUUUGGACACCCCCUCCUUUCUUCUCUCGGGCUGUCACAAGCAGAUUGGACUCCGAAGGACCGACACCGCGUCCACCCCAGACCCCAUGGGGUAACAGGUAGGCUUAUGUCUGACUUCCUUGUGUUAUCAGCAGUGAGCCCCUGCUUUCACGCGUACAGGUUUCAUUCAGGAGCGGCGUGUGUCGUGUGGGUUUCCACGCGUUUAUAUCAUGACAACUAUUAGUUUUGUUGCCUCGCGGAGCUGAUAGUUGGUGCUCGCGCAGGUUGUAGACAUGACACAAAGCAACUCGUGCCCCUAUUAUUCCUGACCAUUGGGGGGGAAAGCUACUGUAUGGAGGCCUGUCUGUUAUAUUUUUAAUAUUCUGGUCCACUAGCAUCAUGUUAGCCACGGCGUGAGUGUAUUUUGACAGCUAAAUAGCCGAGCGAGUGAGCAGGCGACAGUCUCAAAGUCCGCCUACCUGUUCCAUACGUGACAGCCAGCUGUCUGUUGCGCGUGCUGAUAUUGGGAGAAGCUGUCAUUCGCACAUUGUAUAUUUCACACAUUAUAGUGAACUGGCACUUGUCUGAAAACGGUGAAAAUGCUACUUUCUAUACGUCUCUGAAUGUGUUUUAAAACGCGUAGCAAAGCCAAAGUGCUCCAUAAUCGCGAUAAUUCGAUAUUUAGUGGGUUUAAUACUUUUAAAUAUGAUGUUUACAGCGCGAGAAGUCGAUAGAGAAUAAUCACUGAUAAAUAAUCUGACUCGCUCCUUUAUUUUCUUUACAAUUUCAUACAGUAAGAGAGGGUAUUUUACGUGCCACUUGCAGACACAUUAAUCACUCUCUGUUAGGUUUUACGCAGCUGAUAGAGUUUGAUGAAAACCAGCGCAUCCCCUUAGUGAAAAUCUGCAAAGUUUUGAACAGCAUGACCGCCUCAUUGCCACAUCUGCUGCUGUAAGGGGGGGAAAUCAUGCACAGACAGAUAUCGUGCCACAUAAAACACGAGUGAUGCUCCUUCGAGCAGCCGUCUGGAGGGGAUUCAAAAUGAAAGCGCUCAGUGCUUGGAAGACAAGGGCUUAAACCCUCCUCCUCCCCUUCCUCCUCCCCCCUUCUCCCCUCGAUUAACCUCCAAAAGGGGGAUUUCUCCAGCUGGAAAUUUCUGCUGCGUCAACACCCAACCCAAGAGUACCACCACCACCACUAGACAAGAAGACAGGAGGUGGGGGUUUUGGUUUGCAGAUGGUACUCUCGGGUGAUUUCUGUGGUUGCUGAUCAUCAUAGAGAGUUGAAAAGUGUGGCGUCAAGUGUUUGCUGUUUAUUGGCGACUGAGGCUGGAAGCGUCUACUCUUUUUUCACUGUCUGUCUGUCUGUCUCCCGUGGAGCUGCGCGUGUGGACUGUAUGUGUGCGUGUGUUUGUCUGUCUGCUGUCUCUGUCUGCCCUCUCAAACCGGUCAGUUCCGUCUUCCUCCAUUUUCUACUAUGUAAGACCGGGGGGAACAAACCCACUUCUCUGCCACUGUCAAGCCACGCAGGUGUGGCUACAACCAAAAAACCUAAAAGAAACAAGUGUGACUGUAAUUUUCACAGUUUAGUCUGCUUAGGAGUGUUAGAAACUUUUCUCAAUGAAGAGACAAACUUUUCCAGGAGGAUUUUUAUCUUGAAAUCUUGAACCAUCGGCUGAAAAAGACUUUUAUUUAGCCUGUUUCAUACAAAGCAAACUUUAAGUUGCUGUAGUAUUUCAUCAUAACUUCUCGCUAAGCUACUUUUGACUCUGCUUUAAGGCGCACCUUCUUGGCUUUCAGCUUUUAAGAGUUACAUCCAAUUAGAUUGUUGUACCUUCCUGUGUUUGACAAUGGCUAACUGGAUCUCGAGGAUUAAGAGUCCGCUGAUUUUCCGAAUUGUCUUAGGCCUCUCUGGAUUUGUGUGGUUGUUUUGGCUUUCCUAAUAUAGAGUUAAAGGUUGGCUCUUGAUAUGAUAAACCCUCUUAAGUCCUUUAUUCAGUAAUUCAAUUACAGCUGGCCUAUGUGCAUGCUUUCAUGCGGCUCCUUCAUUCAACAUAUUAGGCCACACUUAGUAGAGGAUACAUUAGGACUUCAUUUCACACCUGUAGGUCCAUAUCCCCAUGAAAGGAUCGAACACCCCUGCUAAAAAGGGCUAAAAGGAAGUGGACAUAGUGUGUGCAUGAGUGUGUUUUCAGUGUAAAUUUGUGUGUGUGUGUGUGUCUGCACCAUCUCCAUCUGUGUGUUCCAUGAGGAAAAUAAAAUACAGACCAAGACAACAGCUACGAGGAUGAGUGGAGGAGGAGUGUAGGCGAGAUCGGCCGAAAGAUGGAAAAAAUAUUAGCAGUGCGUGUGCUCGAAGGGUGGGAAUAGGAGGGUUUGAAGCGCUUGUGUUCUCUCUCAUGAAUGGACUUAAGGAAAUGCUCAAACAUGCUUAAGUGACUUACAUGUACGCCAAAGUUGUGUGGGGUUUUUCUGUCGAAGAGAACCACAACAAAAUCAUGAUGCGGGGUUUGAAGGUGGUGUGAAAAGAGGGGACGAAAGCUAAACACAGAGGUUUGAUUUGGGUGCUGUUCGAUUUGAAGCUCGUGACACUUGCGUUUUAGCUGUGUGCGUUUGUGUGGGUGUGUGUGUGCGUGUGUUUAAGCCUGCUGGUAUGUAGGUGGUGCUCAGUGCUCCCGUGCUAGAUGUGGGCUGAACUGUGUGGUAGGAGUUUAGUCUGCUUCGACUACGCACACCCAGGAGAUAUUGCACACAACCCCCUCAAAUACAUACACAGUAUAUUUGUGUGCGUGCGUGUGUGUGUGUGUGUUUGUAUAAAAGGAAUAAUCAAUGAAAAAAAGGAAAGCUUGUACACAUACUCUAUGCCACAAAAAAUAUAUGUAUUGAUUUAACUUGGAUCUUUGUCAGAUGAUUGUUUGAAAAGUUUCUAGAAACUUUUUCACAGUAUGGUGUGAAGUCACGAUCUUGGUACACAAGUACAAGUUUUCUUUUAAACUUUAUUUUCUGUAUGAGGGGGUUUAGAUUCUUUGUCUUAAAUUAUAUCCAAGUUUUUAGAUAUUCUAGUUUUGUGAUUUUAUUUAUGAUACUCUACUUUUACUCUUACUGGUAUGGAUUAGACCAAUUCCACUGACAUCCCACUGUCCCUCUGUAGACCCAUUCACAACCUCAGCCCACCCUUUACCCAUUUGUUAAACAAAAUUGAUAUUACAAUAUUCAUAUUAUUUAUUUUGGAUACAUUCAGAAAUCCAUAUUUUUAUGUUUAAACCCAGGCUGUUAAAGCAGAGGCAAUAUAUGAGAGACUGAGACUGAAUGACAAAAUGAGAAAGGUGCCAAAUGUAAGAUUGGGUUGAAGAAAACAGCAAUCUCUUUUAGUGCAAACAUUUUGAGACACGUUUGCAGUGCAUUAUAGUCAUAGCUUUCAAAGAAAUGUACAUUUUGGACCUCUGUUACCUUAUCUGGCUCAUCCUUUGUUUACUCUUUAGAAAUGAUAAUGAAUCAAAACAGGUUUCGGAAGUUACAGCUGCCAUCAAAGGGCUUGGCAGUCGAUUUAUGUUCAGCAUGUAUAUGUUAUUAUAUUUGAGUGCACUUAAAAUUUGACGAGAACUCCAGUGAGGAACUUUUUCCUGGUUUGAAAAAACAGGCUGGAGUCUCUACUGAUUCAAGUUACAGGAGCAAAUAAAAAUAAUCAAGAAAUUAUAUCAUUUCUAAUUGUGUUAUUUUUUAAUAUCUGAAAAUACUGCCAGGCAAGUGUUAGAUGUAGGGAUUAAAUACAUGCUGCAAAACUUUGUUUUCACUUUCAAAAGCAAAAACUUUUAAAAGAGAGGUACACUUGACUGUUACAGAGCUCAAAAUUUAAAAAAAAAGUCAAAAGCAGAUCUGUGUGCACAGUUCGCCAAGUGUAAAAUCAUGCGCACAAUUUGCAAAUGUGCAUCAACAAAUGUAAUCCCAUAAUUGCACAAAUUACGAAUCAGGGCCAGAUUAUGAAUCUUUGGGGUUGACUGUUAAAAGGAAGAAACCUACACAAGUGCAGGUGAAAACAGAAAAGAGAUGAGAGAUAUCCAUUUGUCCACAGGAGUCAUUAUAAUCAACAUAAAUCAAAAGUUCCCCACAGGAGCUUUAAAAAGCCACAAGGGAAUGUUGUUAACAUCAAAUGUAAAAACAACAUGACGACAGACUGCACUUGUGUAAACUUGUGUAUGUUACCCAGAAAUGGAUGACAGAGGUUGUUGGCAUCCUUGUACCUCAUUCAUCUCUGUGUCUCUCUCAGUCUCUGCCAGUUCCCCGCGUUCGGUCCCGUUCCCCCUUUGGAGCUCACUUGUUAAUGGGAACACCUGUUUAGCAAACAUGCUGCAAAAUGAACCAUUUACACUCGUACGCACACAUCUCACAUGACACCUCUCUCCGGAGUUUUCUAACAACUCUGUCUGAACGUGGCGAAUAUUAUCAUUCUCACAUCUGAUUUAUAUGACAACACACUCUGGCACACACACACACACACACACACACACACACACACACACACGCACGUAUUAACCUCUUGCAUCUAAACCGGCCCCCAUCCCCCAACAUCCCCCCAUUCCCUAAUAACUCCCAAGGCCUUUAAGCCUAACUGCUUCUAUAGCUCAUUGUGCAGCGCUGAAUACAGGUGUUCUUAAUCCCCAUGGGGUUACAUGGAUGCUGUGGGGGAUGUGUGUGUGUGUUUGUGUUAGUGUGCGUGUGUAACAGCUGUCUUUCCUAUCCACCUAUCUGACAUACUCAUCCUCCCCCAGCAGAGAGAACAGGUGAGUUUAAGCCGUCCCCACUCCACAUGCGCACAUCCACUUGUCUUUUCACACAGGAGUUAAUAUUUCAUAGCAGUGUGCGUAUGUGCUAGAUAGGAUGUCAAUGAAAGCAGUGAGCUCUCUCGUUCCCCUCUUUUGUUCUUUUGUCUCCAAAUUUAAAAUUGGAAGAUAAUUUAGCUUUAAUUUCGAUGAUGUACGAGCGAGUAUCGAAGGUCCAGACGUAAAAAUGAUUGUUUUAUUGUUACUAAAAAUAAUCAACAGAAAAGGGGAGCUUGCUCCGUGCGAACGUGGCGGGAUGUCGUAAUUUUUCUUUGGAGUUGUUGAUAUUGCAAAACACCUUUUUGGAUCACACUUUCCAGAGCAAACAGAUGAAGGAUUUCAGUUUGUGUGCUUUCAUCAGGGUGUGUUUUUUUUUCUUCCUUUUUUUUUUAUUUAGGAAUGCGGAGCGGAUCGGCUCCUUCUAAGCAGAGCCUCAUGAUCACACCAUGCUUACCCACAUCAUGUGUUAUCAUCUGGAAUUUAUUGCAUUCUCUGACAUCGGUUAUCAGUUGCACCCAAUGACUAUUGUUAAAGCUAAAAAAGUCCACAAUGCUUUUCUCUUUAUGGUCCUUCCAGAUAUAUUCCUAAUUGUUGGCUUCACAUACUGACUGUUUUCACCAGUUCAGAUGCUGUCAAAACAAAUUUUGCAACAAGUGAAGUGAUGACAGCGGUUGUUUCACGUCAGGUAAUGCAAGCCAGAUAGAAACAUUUCAUUUCAGUUUAUCAUUUCAAAGGUUUGGCGUUAAUACAAGAACAAAAGAAGGUAUGGAAGCUGUAAUAUUUGACAUAGUGUGGCACGUAUACAAAUCUUUACAAGCCAGCUCCCUCUGCUUUCAAUGGUCCUUGGAUUUUGAGCGACGUGAACCUUGAUGUUUCUACGUAAAAUUUCACAAAACGCUAAUUUUCUAAGUCAAAUAUGUUUAUACGAUCUGUAAAAGAUGCACUGAUUCGCACAUGAGUUUGUUUUAAAACACCUACCACUGACAUCUCCUCUUCCUGAUAAUGAGGUGACAGGGGACUGAUUGUUGUUCAUGACUUUCAUUCUUUUACAAGAAGCCGACUAAAUAUUUUGUCUACUGAGCAGACUCUCUGACUUAUUCCAAAAUUAUUCACUUCUUUCCAAAUCUUCUUCAGUAAAUAGUUUUUCUUGUCUGUGAAUGACAGCAGAUUUUUUUUCUUUUUCUUUUCUUGCUCUGUGUUGUUGUCGACAUGCACAUCUGACAUACUGAAAAGUAACCCUAGUAGAGCCGGACGGGUAAACCAUGACGAAGAACUUAUUUAUACAAACACACACAGUCACUCCGAGUGAUACAUCAACAAGUUAACGUCCUGAGCUGAAUAUUGCCACCUUUUUAUGACACAUUUAUAUAAGCCAUUAAGAACUUGAGGGUUCUGGUGUAGAAAAACCUCUUUGUUGAAUUUUGGUGUUUGCAGACUGCUGAAAGCCUGGUAUAAGUAUGCGGUUGUUAGUUGUUAUUUUCCCAGUGAAAGAGUUUGUCUUUCAUACACACAGUGUGAGCAUUUGAUGAGAAAUUGAGCGGCUUUGAGCAAAUACAUCUUUAGAAACAGUCAACUAGCCUCAGGCUGUGGCUGGUGAGAGAUUUCCAUAUCAAAGCUCAGGUGAGAGAGGGAGACGGGAGAGGGAGAGAGUGGAAGGAGGAGAAGGAGAGAGAGAACAAGGAGGAGGAGAAGGGGGUGAUGAAAUAGACAUCCACUCCGAAAAGAGUUCUAGCCCUUGUUAUUCUGUCGCGUGUUUUUUUUUUUUUCUUCUCUUUUUGUGUGCAGCACAGUUUAGUCUGUGUGUGUCAGUGCUGUCUGUCUCAAUCUAAACUCUCUGUAAAAAAAAACACACAGAGGGAAGGUCGGAAAGACUCGAAUACAAAGCGACACCUUUCUCUUCUCAAAAAACCACACAAUGCUGUCUCUUCAAAACCUUAUGCUGACUGGUGCUGACCGCAGGAACAUAAAAAUGUUUUUUCUCCCACUGAUUCUGCAUAACAUCUGACCUGUGAGCCUCUGCCAAUAUUUGGAUCCCUGUUUAAUAUUAUUACGGAGGCAUAAAACCAUCAUUUUCCCUGGAAAUAUUUCUCUUCUUUAGCUAUAAGUAUCAGACCUGACCCUGUGGAAUUGAUGGCGACACUCUAAUUAAUGGAUAGAGUUUUCAUUUGGCGCUUUCAAAGAUGUGUGUGUAAGCGUGCCGCCCUUUUAGUGUGUGCGUCAUGUGAAAAAAAAUCAUCCAGCUUUGUAGAGUUUUGUAAUCCAGCCAUGGACUCUGGCUAGAGUGCUAAAGUGCUGCUAACAAGGCCUGUUUAACAUUCUCUCCCCUGCUCAACAUACAAUUAUUCCACUUCGCUGCCAUUAACAUGUACAGUAGGACUGGGCUUUUAAUUGGCCUGAUAUGACUAAUGCCAGAUCAACUUGGAUUUGCUAAUUAGUUUUUGCUUUAAAAGUGCCAUCAGGACAUGAAAUAUUCAUUGAUGUGAGGUGGAGCGCGGACUGUGGGUGGUAUUAGUGGGAUAUUAGUGCUAUAGGCAGGCGGUGGAGAAGAGAUUGAACCUACAUUGGCCUGUUGUGGUCGCUUAUUCAUACUUUGGGUUGAGGUGUUAGUUUUUCGUCAUAAUUUUAGACACCCACUCAUACACGUACACACACAGAGGAAAGCGCACGCACAUUCAUACACCACCUCCAUUCUCAGCAUCACAAGGCCACCUCUUCUUCUCGAGCCCCCACCUCCUCUCUCUCUCUCUCUCAAUCUCUCUCCUGGUCUUGCCUCCCCCUUCCCAUUAUUACAUCUCUUUUUUUCUUCCUCCGUCCUCUUCUCACUUCCUUUUCCCGCUCCUCUCUCGCCCCAUCCUCCCCGUGCCCUCUGCUCCGUCCCAGCUGCCAUCUCUCCCUCUUUUUCCUCCUCCACCUCCUCCUUUCCUUUCCCCCCUCCCACUCCUUAAUCUUCCACCUCUCCUCAUCCUCCUCCUCCUCCUCUUCCUCCUCCACCACCCCCUCCUCUGCUGUAAGUGGGCCAGGUGCCUCCUGUGGCCUCCCCUACUCCAUUUCUCAUUUUUACCCUUCCUCUACUCCCUUUCUCCUUUUUUUAACCCUCUCCCUGUUCUCUUUCUCAUUUUUAUCCUUCCCCCUGACCCUUGCUCAAAUUUAUACAUUCCCUUAUUCAACGCUAGACUCCAGAUCCAGUCCCUCACUUUAAAUAAAAGCAUCAUUUUGACCUGAUCUGGCGGUCGCUGCUCUCUUUAGGUAGGAGUGUGACGUCUCAAAGGGGAACCAGGAUUUCAUUCAGAUACGCAACUUUUUCUCAGCGGCGUAAAAACAGAACCUUUUUUUUGUAUUAUGUCAAAUCAUAGUGGACAUUUUAUGAGCUCCCCUGUGUCGGUUAACUUCCCUUUUUGAACAAACUAGGUGAACAGAAGUGAGUAGGUUCACAUCCCCUUUUCAGUGGCAAGGGGCAAAUUCCCACAACGGCCCUUCUGCUGCUUAUUUUCCAGCUCAAACUAAAAACGUGUAUUUACAUGGAAGUCUUAUUGUUGCUAUCUAUUCAUUUCACGCUUUUUGACGGUAAGCUCAUAGUAUCCUCUUUAGUUUCUUUCCCCCCUCUGUCUCUUUCUUUGUCUCUGCUUUUGUAUGCCCUCUCUCAUUUUUUUAAAUCGCACUUUCUCACCCUCACACCCAACUCUCCUCUCUGUCUCUUUUCUCACCUCACCUCCCCAUCUCUCCUGGUUGUUUGGUGUGUGUGUGUGUGUGUGUGUGUGUGUGUGUUGUGUGUGUGUGUGUGUGUGUGUGUGUGUUUGUGCUGGCGUCAUGAAAGAAAGGGGGUGUCUGUUGAUUGGUGGGUUGCUGGUUUGGACAGGACACCUGAUACUGGCACUGCCUCACAAUGUGGGAAUGUGCAACUUGUUCAAAAUUAGGUUUUCCGAGGUGGGUGUUGUCCUAAGUGGUGAUCAUAAGAGUUUACACAGUGGGUUCUUUUGUUUUCUCCCUCUCUGUCUUUGUGUCGGACUUGGCAGCUCUUUGCAUUGCUGUCAUGUCGGAGAGGGUAAAAGCAACAGUAGGUCCAAAAGCCCGCGAGCCACGCGAGGCCGUUCAUGUUGGGCAACAGGUGACAGUCAAACGUCAAACUGAGUCGGUGUAAACACGCUGUGAGUGAGUGAGCGAAAAGACAGACAGAUAGGAGGCAGGUGGAGGUGACAGGAGAGGAAAGGACAGGAGGAUGCAGGUGAGGGAUUCGUCUGGUCAAACCCUCACUCUUCGUCAAUCGCAACAGACGUGGCCGCCUCCAGCGACGGCACUGUCCAUACCAAACUCCAUCAGAAAAGUUGCUGUUUUAAGGAUUUACAAUUUAACUGAAGAAACUUUUCCUACCGAGCAAGGAGGAGGAGUCAAUCAUGAGUCAAAGGAAGACAAAAUAUUUAGAUGACUUUGUGUUUUGGUUGGUAACUCUGAGAAUUUCCUCAGCGGCCUCCCUGUGCAGCAGAGAUCACUAAAGGGGCAGAGCUUCUGUAUCGACACUACGUAUUGAUGAACGUCUGUGGUGAUACACUGUGCUGAAUAUUGAACUCUCAAGUCUCACAGGCGAAAUUGAGUGUCCUCCAAGUCCAGUUUUCCAGUAGUCCACUAUAAGCAACCCAACUGAAGACGAGAAACCCAGCGAGGCUCUGCAAACAUCGAUCGUGACGCUCCCUCUUCUCUCCGGCUUUACUUUUUUUUCUGAUUCUCUCCCCAUCUUUUUCUUCUUGUUUUCCCUUCCUCUCGCGUUGCCUUGUCUCCCUCCCUCUUCCUUACCCUUCACUGUCUCUUUUCUGACUCCAAAAUGUGAGUCUCUCUCUAUAUUUAGCCGCUCCUCUCCUCUCCCCUUGAUUCCUCUCCCUUUAUCUCACCUCCUUUUUUUCCCUUCGACUGUUGAAGGACAGAUUCGCAAAAGCGCUCUGAGAUUCAUCAGUGUUGUAUAGUAGCUGCUUUUUGAUCAGCUUGAUGAGUGACAACACAGCCUCGGGCUAUUAUAUACAAAUGUGUUUUUAUAAACACUUCUCUAUCUAAAUGUAAAUCACUAAGCUGUUCGCUUGUUGUACGGCCGACUGCGGGAACGUUAGCUAGGAACUUCUAAGUGAAUGUUGCAUGUUGAGGGCUAAGUUAAUAUAGUAAAAUGAUGUGUUUUUCUUGUUUGCGUGUGCUCUGGAGUGUUUGUGAAUUAGAUUAGCCGGGAGUGAAGUCUCUUUUAAUAUUUACUCAGGGGGGAUGGAGGGCGUGCCUGUUGUCCUUGUGAGUACACACUUAAUCUGCGGCCUUUUUUGCUCCCUUCUUUGCAUGAGCUCAUUGUAAGCCGCGGCCCAGUGUGGAUUUGAGAAAGAUGCCUCUGUUUGCAGUCUGACAGAGUGACAGUCACACCAAGUUACCCGCACACACACACACUAAAAAAAAAACCACACACACACACACACUCUCUCUCUCUCUCUCUCUGGACACCCGCCUCGGCACCAGAUAGCGACUGGCCACCAGCAGUGAGUCACCAGCAUUCAGUCAUUCAGAAACCACACAUUUUAACAAACAACAAUUAGAUUUCAGUCCUCAGACAUUUCAGAAGUUUACUCCUGCAGGCAUGAUAUUGUUGCACCAUAUGUUCGUUUUUUAACAUUUUCCUCCUCCUUGUAAGUGUGUUUUAUUUCCCCCAUACUGUUCACUUGUUUUAUACACUCCUUUUUUGUGUGUGUGCUUUUGUGUUUGUGUUCUCGUCUGAGACCUCUGGAGCUGAUGGCUGCAGUGACUCUUAACAGCUCGGGAACAGACUGCCUGCAUUCUGUGUGGUACACUCAUGUACAGUCGUGUCUAGCUGAGUCGUGACAGGUUGUUUUAUUUUUUAUUUUUUUGCGUCAGGUUUUUGUGUUAAGACCUAUGGAAGAGUCUGGACAACGACACGCAAUUAUACAAACACAGACACACUCUGUGCAGUUUGCCGGCUGAGCGACACAUCAGAGUGGGUGUUGGAUGUGAGUUUUGGGUCGCCUCAGAGUUUUACUUUAGCAACACCACUUUUGCCACAAAGUCAUUGCUUUGGUGUUUUUUAAAACGGAAGAGUUUGGCCAAAUGAUCAAAACUGGGUGAAAGUGACAUGACUGGAAUGACAAAGACGUAGAAGUUGAUAUUGUGAGGAAGUUUUUUUUUCUUCUGUUGUUUGACUUUUAACUAAAUGAGAAGUAUUUUUCACUUUUUAAAAUUUUAUUUUUUAUUUUUUAUAUGUUCAAAAUAAAUUUCAAUCAAUCAAUUAGUAGAAAAGAAAGAGGUAAUUUAAAGUCAAUGCACCCAAAAAGUUCACACAAGUGUUAGGUCAAACCAUUUUAGAGUGGACUGAGUUGACUUUAUGGCCAAAAGUGAACAGACAUCCUCACUUGUAAUCUAUAUCUUGAAUGCCUGUCACUUUCAUGUUGGGCAUUGGGUUGAUUCCAGUUAAUCCAAAAUCUACUUUUACAUUUUGGAUAAAAGCGACCCUCCAGUUUUGUUUUAACACUUUCGAACAGCACUUUUCACUUUUUCUGUAAAUACAGAGAAUAAAACAAACUGUAAAUACAAGAGAAAAUGCUCAUUCUCUCCUAAGUGUCUGGUCUCACACACCUGAUUCAAAUGAUCAGCUCGUUAUCAAGCUCUGUGAUGGCUUACUAACGAGCUGAUCAUUUGAAUCAGGUGUGUUGGAGCAGGGAAACAUCCAAAACAUGCAGGACAGUGGGCCUCAAGGACUGGACUUGAGAACCACUGGUCUAGAGCAACAUUUAUACCAAGUGGUUUGCUUCAUCUCCAUGGCCAAACUUGGGAAAGAUUCUGUUGGGGUACCAGGCAUAUCGAUCCAACCCCUGACUGCAAUGACCGAGAAAGACAAGAGGGUAGUAGGGAACAUCUCACCCAAUUUGAUCUUGUUUAAAAGAAUAUACUGAGCACAGAGUGGUAUAAAGCAGCUUCAUGAUGUGGACAGAGAUCACACCAGUCACUCACCAGUGGCUCAGUUUAAUCAUCAUCAUCAAGCCCUGCCCUAAUCACACAUAUUGUUUUAUUUCCUGCUGUUUUCACACAUCAACUCACCUUUAGGUGGAAAUUUUUUACGGGUUGGCAGGAAAGUCGAGGUGAAAACUUCACUUGACUGCUCUUACAUGUGCAGCUCACUUGAAAAUUUCAGCGAAUUUUUAAAGGUUUAGUGGAUGAGUGAAAACAGCUCAAGAAGAGCUCUGAAUAUUGAAGCUGCUUGUUGAUAACUUUGGCUUUGGAAUAUGAUGUUAAUUAUUACAGAGGGAGUAGCAUUCACACUGUUUUUGUUAAGUAUUAUUUGGUCAAUCUACAAGCAGGAAAAUGGAUAAAAGUAGAAAUAUUGUCUUCAAAAAGUUGGUUGUUCACAGUUGGAUGGUUUGGUGAUGUUCACAUGAUUUCCAAAGUACACAAAAUAGGAUCAAAGUUAAGACUGCAAACUUGUUACGCAGUAUGAUGCACCUGUCGCAAGAAAAAAAAACACUUACUCGGCACAGAGUUCACAUAAGUCAGCCACUAAUCUGGUUUACAGAAAAUGCCACGCCUUAUGGUUUCACCUUCUUUGGAUUCCUCUAUGACAUCAAGUGUUUUUAUAUUAGGAGAUGAGUCUGAUGGUGUGGUUAUGAUCACACGACCUUCUUCCAUUACAUUUUAAUACCAGUAAUCUCCUCCCAUCUGCAAACCCAAACACAGAAACUUCCCUUUGAAGGCGAUUUCACUUCCCUGGAAGACACAUACAUGUUUUUCUAAAGAAGUACAGUAGUCCCCGCCUGCCCUGAAAUCACACUUGAGCCUCACUUAUAAUAGAAAGCAAGGAGUAUUUUUGUGUAGCUGAUGCAUGCUGUAAAAAUAAAGCAUAAAACUUGUUAAUUACCACCCCUCUCUAGGGAUGAUAGCACAUACAGGUGCAGCUGAAAAGUUUUAAAUAUCAUGAUUACUUUAAUGAGGCAUUGAAAAUCAUUGUCUUUAUUUAUGCAAACAGGAAUGUUUUAAGAAUCUUGUUUUAUUUUUUUAAAGUCAAGACUAAAACCAGAUUAACAUACCCAGAUAAUACAGUCAAGGAUCAAUUUUCUCUCACAUGUAUCUGCACACCCAGUUCACACCCUGUUGAGUUAAAUAGUAUGAACACCCAGACGGAGGCCACCAUUGUUCUCUACCUCAUGUGACACCAUCAGUCCAAGACAAAGUGUGCAUCUGAUUUGGACCAAAAUUUAAGUGUUAAAUACGUACAGAAGGUUUGACUACUUUUUAUAGGCUGGACAUCUCUGUAUUUUAAAACUUUGUUUGGAUUGGUUUUAGGAAAUAUUCCACCAACUUCAAAUCAUUGUUAGUCAUUAAAAUUAAUGUUUAAUUUUGCAUGUAACAAAUAUAGAAACAUAUGAAAUUUGACCUGUUUUAAUGACCAAAAAAGACUUUUUCAUGAUUUUGUAAUUUUGAGCUGUGCCUGUAUUCGCCCAUAUGCAGAUGACAUACUCUUUUUGUGCUACUUUGAGAAACUUGGAUAAAACUAGUUAUUGCCCUGCAGCGAUGAAAGUGUGCUGACUUUAAUAUGUUUUUAUACUGAAUUUUAGAAUAACAGAGUUAAUCUGAAAGUUCAAGUGCUGUUGGUUUGACAUUUGAAUGACUUAGACCUCUGUACAUCAGCACUCCACCCCUGUUUGCAUAGGUGGCCAAUCCCUCCUACUCUCCAUGUUAACGGUAACACAUAUCAAACAAAAGACUUACUGUGUGGCUAUCUAUUCACCCCUCCUCCUCCUCUUCUUUCUCUCUGCCGUUCAUAUCCUCCCUUUUCCCCUCUCCUCCCCUUUAUCCACUCCUUUAUUUCCUGCUCACCUUCCAUCCUCUUCCUCCCUCAUGUGCAUUCUUCUUUCUCCUGGCCUCCUCCUCUGCCCCCUGUCUCCUCUCCCCUCCUCCCUUUCAUUUUGGGUUCUCCGACAGUGGUAAUGAGAUGUUUCAUUAUUUGCAUUUCACAGCUUUUAAUAGAGAGAGAAUUUAGGCUAAGCCCCGGGUCGUCAGUCAGGGAGUUACCACGGGGAGACAUAGCAGGCUUAGGGGCCUAGAGAGAAAGAUAGCCCAGAAACUACACACACGUAGACGCACACACAAGUAAAAAGGAGGUAGAGACAGGAAAGACAAACAGAAAGAGAGAUGGUGAUAAGGCAUCUUCUCGCCCGCUCUUUAGAGCUCUUGAUGCUUACGUUGUAUCAUCGAGACUUUGUGGGUCAUUGGAGGAACUUGAGGUGAAGUUGACAGGCCGCCAAAAAACGCCACACUUGUUUUCCGGUCACUCUGGGAUGAUCCUCGUCCAUCCUUACUAUGGCUGGAUUUCCAUAAGAUCUAUCUGGGCUUAACACCUGUUUGGCUGAAGGUGUGAGGACAAGGUGUCCGAGAGGGUUGAAGGUGUUGAACUGUGCACAUACUAAACGUGACACAAGCUGGAUUUGAGGCUUAUAAAGGGUGGACAUUUCGACAGGUUUACUGCAUUUACACAAACAGUGUGGUGUGCAGCAUGGGGGCCGUUGGGUUAGGUGUUGAUGUGGAGGGUCCAGGUAUUGUAGUCAGGUGUUAUGUGUGGGAGUGGACAAAGAAAGGAAGGGGGGAAGCAAGGGGAUGAAGGGAGUAGCUCUAAGUCUUCCUAAGCCUCCUGGAUCCUCUUUGGUCCCUCUCCACAUGACAUGGCUAUCCUUCUUUGAGUCAAUCUCUUCCUCCACCUUGACUCCUUGGACGCCGGCCAGAGAAACAGAGAGCGGGCCAGAGAGAGGGAGAGCGAGGUGGAGGUGCAAAAUGUGGCAUGGUUAGAGCUGGUGGGAGAGGUGGAGAAAAUAAAGGUGGACAGAUGGAGGGUGAGUGAUAAAAGAAAGGAGGGAAAAAUGGCAACAGGAACUCGUGAUGAGAGAUACAAAGAAGAAGGUGACGGAGAUAAAAAUGAGAGACGAACAUGAACGGUAGAGUAUUCCUCGUGGAAAAUACAAACUAGUUUUGUUGUGUUAUAUUUGUGAUUGCAGCUUGCAUGCAUGCCCCUGUCUAGCUUUGUGCACGUGUGUGUUUAUGUGUUAUUUUUGUCCGUGCCUGUCUUGUUGAUGGGCUGCCACCCUGGCUUGUCCCGGAAGGCUGCCAGCUCCGUCGGAUUGGGGAUUAACCCCGGGAUAAUGGCCUUGAUGCCCAGUUGAGUGGAAGCAAAGCUGUUUAAAAAAUAUUGGCUGCCUGAGUCACUCUCCCCUCUCUCUUCCUGUCUCCCCCUCUCUUUAUCUUCCGUCUCUAUCUUUCUAGCCUUGCUGUCUCUGCGAUUCCACACUAUCUCUUUUCUUUCUGUUUUUCGCUCUUCUUAAUCUGUCUUUUUUCGGCUCUUUACUCUCUUCACUCGGUUCCGUUUCUGUGUAAGCUCAUACCAUGUACUGUUGAUAUCAAUAACAUUUAUUACCACUCCAGAUUGCAUUAUUGAUUAGAUUUUUUUUAGUAGAGGAAGUAGAAGAUUUUAUUCUAGGAAGUGAUGGCUGUCCUCUUGUGUCAUGUGUUUGAAGAACAGUGCCUCAAUUGUCCGGCUAAAAAUCGUCCUAAUUCCACUUAAGCAUGCUGUCACUUUUCACCACUCCAUGUACAAGCACUCGAGUACUUUUUAAAUUUGUCAUGUGUCGGCAUUCAAAGUCACAACUUCUCUCCAUAUCUUAGCUGAAUUAUUGAUUUCAUGUUGCCUUUAAAUGUUUGUAACAAAUCCAGUGUAGUGUAGAGAAAUUGCGUGGUUUAUCAUUCUAAGUUUGUGAUGAGAAGAUGGUGUGCAAAAAGGAAGAAGUUGCUGAUAACGUAUCCUGCUGAGGCCGGGUUAGUCAAUCAAAGCGACAACUCUUUGCAGUUUAAUUCGAACUCUGUAUCACCGCCUCCUCUUGUCUGUUAACACUCAUGAACUUCUUCAGGCCAGUUUCUUCUGCAAUCCUCCCUGCUGGGUUUCAAUGACAGAGCCCUGAUGAAAGUCGAGAUGCGAAAAAAGAAAAAGGCCUCGUUGCUACUACAGGAUCCCAGAAAUAUAACGAACUGAAAAUAUGCUGAAACAUAAAGAUUGGAGACUUAUCACAUCUCUGUGCUUAGAUGAGUCAUACCCUGCACAGCAGUACUGUUAACCAUCAAACUGAAGUGUGGAGUGAGUAAUCCAUGCUGAAUGGGAUUUAUGAUUCUUUUUUUCCCCAAAUCUGAAAUUCAAAUUGCCAUUAACUGAUUUUUCAGCCUUUCAAGUUGGCCAAAAUUUUCUUUUUUGGCAAUUCAUAUCAUAUCAUGAGUGAGCAAACAUCCUUGAAACAAUCUUCCAGAUGUUCUGCAACAUUAACAUUCAUUUGGAGUCUCUGUUAUUACAAAUCAAAGUCCGAGAUCAACUCUCCUCGUUGGUCAUUUUUCGAUUCCCACCUAUUUCUGGAGAAAACAUCAGGCGCCUUCUCUGCCAAAUGCUCCUGUUCACGAAGAAGUCGCUACAGACAUUUGGUGAGGAGCGAGUGAAAUUUUAAUAUUUCACAGAAAAGAGCAGCAGAUUAGAGUUGUCAGGAUCGCAGGAUUUUGAAUUUUCUUUUUGAGUUCGUCGUAUUAUGUUAUCAUGUGGAGGUGUGAAGCUCCUCGUCAACAGCCUGCACACCAGGACUAAUAGAAAACAUAAAGAACGAGGUGACAUUGAUGUCUCUCUCCUCUUGCUCUCAGUCUGCCUGCAACAGUCAUAAACAAAAUGUGUGUCCAAUGCUGAAAGGACCUACAAACCUCGGUAUUGCCCACUUGUGAUUGAAAAGAUUUAGGGGUGUAGUGACAGUGAUGGAGGGCGGAGCAGGGAGACACAACAGGCAGAUAACAUGAGUUUGUGGACACGUCAAGUUCUUAAUAGUGUAUCUUCUGUGAACAAACAAAUUAAAACAACUUCACAUUCUUUUUACUUUCACCUUUUUGUUUUCUCCACCGCCACUUUUUCCCCUCCUACUUUAUUUUACCCAACCUCCGUUUCUCUCUCCUUUCACUCAAGGCAGCUUUGUGUUGACAAUAUGAGCACAGACCUGUAUUUUCAUAAUGCCACCAAACAGAGAGAUGGUGAGGAUUGUACCGUUUUAAAUCACAUGGUAUUGAGACAUAAUAUUGAAACACAGUGCCAAAGGUAGACAGGACCAACUCUGCUAAACUAACACACGUCUGUGUUUGUUAUCACAAGCAGCAUUUAAGUGAAGCAAUUAAUCAUUUCUUAAACUAGAUGAAUUCAGUAACAUGCAAAGAUGUCAAUCUUAGGUUGACCCCAAAUGCACUCAUCUUAAACAGCAAAUUUGCAUUUGCACUGACAAUUUUUUUGUCAUUCUUUUUCCUCUUUCUUAAUGGAUUUUGUUCUUUUUUUAUUAUUAUUUAAUUGACCGCCCUCAUCAGGGGCUUUGUGUUCACUCGCUUUGUCACGUUUGUCAAACCAAAGUCACUUUAUCAAAUAAUGAGCUGGACUGUUACAUUUGUCAAGCAGAGGGCCACAAUUUGAAUAUGGAGUGAUUAGCUGAGGGUGGCAAUUUUGGAAGCAGCGCACUGGCUGCUAAAUGAUAAUUUACCCUGACCAAUUGUAAAUCCCUUAAUUCAAAAUAAAUAUAACCAGAAUGUGUGAAAGUGCCUCGGUGGUUCUAAUGCACACGAAGGGGUCUGCAGCUUGUUAAAACCUCUUUAUAUGUACCUGCAUGAGGGACACAGGCGAGUUUUCUAGAGAAGAUGAGCAGUUAAGGAGGUUUUAUUUGCCAAACUGGAUUGUUUCAGCGUGUAGUUCAAUGUUUUUUUAUAUGUGUCGCGUCUUCAUUCAGUUCGAUGUUUGAUUCCGGCGUGAAAUCCCAGUGUGAGCCCUCUCUGAAAGCUUUCUAUGUUAAACCUCCAUAGAAAAUAAAGUCUGGCUCUGUCUUUGAUCCAGAAAGACCUUGCGCUCUGUCUCCCCACAGUCCUGUGCGGUCAAGGAGGCAGAGAAGUGGCUCGGAGGGACAGGCUGCAUUAAGAGAAACACAAGAAGGAGGAAGCCCCGUUCUCUCACUCCAUCACACGUCUCAUCUCUUUAGUCGUCUGGCCGGGGCCUAAAGUGACUUUGCUUUGAUGUGACCAGGACAAACUGGCUGUGACGCCAUGACGGCUCUGCUAAGUGUGUGAACGUGUGUGUGUUUUUAGUCCCCGCAUGUGUUUGUGUAUUUAGGGGCAGGGGGCUGAAUAGAUGUGCGGGGUAGAGGAGGGGGGAGUUAUGGAGGACAUUCACUUUUGAUUUGGCCUUAGAAGGGUGACAGGGACUCGGAGCUCUGGUGGCAUGCUUUACUGAAACGAUCCUCUCUGACCACACAGAAGGGCUCGCGGACUGUCAGCCUGCCUCCUGACGACUUUUUCCGUGCUUUUAUUUUUUUUUUCUUUGAAUUUUCAUCGAGGGAUGAAAAGCUUUUUUUUUCUGCUCUGUGACAUCCUGAAAGCAAGCUUUAGUUUCUGUAGCCUUGGUGAGACUGCUAAUGCUUUGGAUGACACACAAAAGUCUCUGCCUCUCUCGCUUUACUUGAUUGUCUGACAAGUUCAUUCUAUCGUACUUUCCCAUCUUGUGUCAAGUGUAUAUUUGGAGAAAAAAGUGCGCUAUAAAUCAAGGCCGUACUUGCACAGUAGAGGGAGUGAGUUUUUGGUCCUGUUGAUGGUCUAGAGAUGGAGUAGCUCUCUGAGGAAAUGAAAAGCCAGGAUGAACACUGAAGAGGUGUAUGUGGGUGUUUUUUGUGCUGUUGCAAGGGUACAUCUGGAUCGGUUCCUCUGAAAAAAAAGGGUCUUUAACUGGAGGGAUUUGGACAUGCUGAAAUUAAACAAGCCAAUUAGGCGAGCAGAGAGUGUAGAGGUCAGAGCACUCACCAUUUAAGUUCCUCUUCUCUGCCGAACUACUAACUCAGUCUGUCUCUGAGUCUAUUGAAGCAAUAAAUCUGAUUAGACCUCUCCUUUUUUUCCUCCCAGACCAAUGCUGUUGUUUUACCCUCCACUGAUCAUUAUUUUUGUUAAAUUUGAGGCACCAUUUAACACGACUUUAGGGUAUAAAAUCCAAGAAGCACACGCACGAAACUAAAACACACCCACUCACCCAAAAAAUUUAAAUACUCUCUAGAAAACAUGGCACGCUGUGUCAGAGUGCAGCACCACACUGACAUUAUCAUUAGCACUCUGGACACAGUUUACCACACAGAAAUGAAAGUUGCUGAAAUGAACUUUAACCCAUGACUCUAUCUGUAAACUCUGGGCUGCUUGAGUUUUUAAAACAACCCAAAAUUUUAACAUUUCUUUUAGCAAAACACUCUAAAAAUCUAGCCUUGAAGAUAAGGUUUUAUUAGUCCAAAUCUGAGGCAACCCUUUAAGAUUUUUUGCCUCCACCCAAAUACAAUGCAGGUGAACUGACUUGUUUGAAUCCACUUUAUUGGCACAAACUGUGUCCAAACUUUCUCUCGGUGAAAGUUUUUUUUUUUUUUUUUUAAUUAAGUUUUAUCACCUUGAGCGUUGCAAAUUAAAUCCCACUCAUUUCUUCUUAGCAGAGGAAGUUGAGACAGACUAGGCCAAACUUGGACAAACUAUCAGCAGAGUAAAAACACCAGACUGGAGGGAAUUCAACUGUUGGUGAAGACAGGGUAAGAGGUGAGAUCAUUUCAGUUAUAUCCACUGAGCCCAGUCCGUUUCCAUUUUGGCCUGGAAACUGACCUGGAUGCUAUUUUCGAACUACGAACUGUAAAAGGUGUGGGGUAUGACGAAUAAAGUUCCUUAAAUCCUUGAACCCUGAGUGGAAGAAAGUAUGUAGCAUGUAGCACAAAGUCAGACCUUUCAGUGUUAUUUCAACUUAGCUGGAUUAAUGACUCAGCUAGGCUAACUGUCUCAGCUAGGCUAACUGUCUCAGCAAAGCUAACAUUGUUGUGAUUAGUUCAUGUUCACAGUUCCAGCGUUGAAAAGACUUAAAAGUUCAGUCCUUUCAUUAACAAUGACAUAAUGUUAAUUUCUGUAGGCACAGCUGAACUAAAAUGCAUAUAAAAAAAUCUAAAUCUUAGAUCUUAGGGUUAAGAGUAGGGUUAAGUUAGCAGUUCCUUUUGCUAACUAGCCACAGAUUGUAGCCAUGUAGUUAGCAAACACAAUAUCACAGUACAAACCAGACUGUGCGGCUCAUAAAAACAGACUAUUACAGAGCUGCGUGACCUUGUUUAUCAGAUUGGCUGUGACUCUUGUUUGCAUGGUGCUUAUCCUCCUCUCAUUGUUCCUUUUCAUUGAUUAUUCAGAUUGAUAGAAAUGGUGACAGACUCGGACAAAGAGAUUUGGAGAAUCCUAUUUGUGCAAUACUGAGAAAUUAUGCUCUUGGAUCCGCUGUUGAUUCGAUAUUUCUGUCUUUCUGUCACUGCUCUCUGUAAGAAACUGGUAGCCACAUGUUUCAAUUGCUGACCACCAUGUGCUGCAGGGCGACCCCGUGGUUCAUCUUCCACAUUGAUAGGAAACGAUUAGAAAUAGCACAGUAUUGAGGUAUUUCUCAGAGAAUAAAUGCCUUCCUCUGUGGUGUGUGUGUGCCACUGCGAGGGAGUCUGUCAUAUAGACCUUGCUAUACAACUCAGUGUUUCAGUGGCCCUGAGAGAAGAAGAGAAAAGAGAGGAGGAGGGGAGCUGCUGUCUUUAAAGCCGCUCAUUUUGUCUCCUAAGGUGAGAGGUGAAGACUCUCAAUACCUCCAUCAGGGCAGCACAGAAAGGAAAGUAUAUCUCAAGGUUAGAACACCAAUAGAUUUUUUCCAACAAGUGUGUGUGUGCCAGAGGAUGAAAACACUUGCGUCAAAAGUUGCCUUUUGAGCCUCUGAGGCACACAGUUAUUCUCCAUUCACAUCCAAGUUUCUGCCUCCUCACCAUUAUUUCUUUGUUUGACUUGAAGAAACACGAGUCAAAGUGAAAGAUUGUGAGCCGUGCAUUGAUCAGACUCAGAAAGAAACGCUGUCACCACCGCUCCAUCCGCCCGUCCGCCGCUGUUCAUAGGAGGUGUGUUUGUCCGAGCUGACGUGGGAGAGACACUGUGGAUUUAUCUGAUCUUACAAGCCAUCAGGUUGAGCAGAGCUUUGCUAAACAUGACCUGAAGUGUGCCGGCCCCCGAGCAAACGCUGCUGUCACCUCUGCCAACCCGAGCUGUCAUCUCUCAGGAUGGCCCACGAGAGCUGACAGCUGUGGCGUUCCCAAAACAAAUCACUGCUGCGUUUGGUAACACUCUGCGUCCCGCCGAUUUAGCCCUCACCAAGACGAGAGCGAGAGCGGCGGCUGCUAAUGCUCCAGCUAAUGCACUGACUGACUGUGUGUGUGUGUGUGUGUUUCUUCACUUUCUUCCUCUUGUGUGUGUUUUAAUAUGAGCUUAUGGGGUUUCUGUUUGUGUGUGUUGUUUUUUUUUUUUGGCACCUCCAUGAAUUCAACACAUUUCCCUCUGUCUCCCACUUUCUUCUCUCUGCUUCGUCCUCACCUGAGUCCUCUCUUCUGCUUGAGCUCUAAACACUUCUCGAUAGUCACCUGCAUACAUUAGAAAACACAUAUAAUAAGGUUUGGAUACACUGGGGCAGAAACCACUGACAUUUCAGAGCAACAUUUGAAACCUUAAAAGGAAAAAGUUGAGUCAUGGGUGAAUAUUUAAAAAAAAAAUUGAAAUCUUGAACUUUCCGAGGCUUUUAUUUUGUAAGAGACAUAAUAAAUUAUGCCUGUUUCCCUGUCACGCAGCCGUGAAUCCUGUCAAUUAACUCUGAGAAGCUGAGACUUCAUUCACUGACAGCUGAGCGGCUCUACAAAUUGUCAUUAAGGGUCUGUCUUUCUCUGUAGUUUUUUUUUCCGAAAUACUUUGUGCUCACAACCUAGACUGUGCGGUGCAAGAUCAGAAACACCGAGGUGAAGGUUCAAGAGUGAAUUUUCGUCUUAACUAGACAGUUGAUUGAAUUUUCAUGGUCGCAGGGGAGAUGUGGAAAAAAUAACAAGAAACCGAGGCUGUGUUUAUUGAUAAAUUUAAUGGUAAAGUGGUCUGUACUAAAUGAGGCGCUUUUUUCUCCCCCUCGACUGUUUUGUGACAGUGUUAUGCUUUUUAACUGACAUUUUUAAUGAGCUUAAAACACACACUCUCUCUAUCUAUCUCUGCAAAUACACACACAUACACACACACACGCUCACACACACAAAUGAACCUGUCAGACACGGUUUAAACAGAGAUUUUUGACUAUUUGUAACUGGGCUGUUUUUAGACAUCAAACUACAGCAGUUGAGAUGUGGUUUCCAUUGAUGUCAUUGUUUUUAUGUCACACUCAUUUCUGAGAUAUCCUUAUCCUGGCUUGUCUUUAAAGGAGUGGUUCGUUAAAUUUCCUUCUUUUUUUUUGUGCCCCCUUUACAUGAAAAUGAAACCAUCAUCCUGAGGACAAGGUUUGAAUUUAGCUACAGCUAUCAACCUUAUAUACUUGAGCUUAAAAGGAAAAAUACCUUUACAGGUUACCUUGAAGCGUCGCUACCUCAGAGCGAGUGAAAGUUGGAAUUGAAAGCUGUGUGUUGCAUAUUUCUUCUGCCGUACCUUCAACUCUACAACAUGCUUAAUCUUCUGCAUACUGCAUCUAAAAUGUUUUUUUUUGUGUCUGUGUUUGUUCCCAGCAGACAUUUGGAGGAGAGGCUUUUGUUCAGCUACACAGAUGAACAACAGGAAGGAGGACAUGGAGAUCUCCUCUCACUACCGUCAGCUCCUCAGAGAGCUCAAUGAGCAGAGGCAGCAUGGCAUCCUCUGCGACGCCUGUGUCAUUGUGGACGGAAAGAUCUUCAAAGCCCAUAAGAAUGUCCUCCUGGGCUCCUCACGCUACUUCAAGACUCUCUACUGCCAGGUAAGAGACCGCUCCACGAAAGAGACGAUUGUUGUGUUCUUGUUUUCUCUCUCCGGAUGUUGUCGUUUUGUCCUGCCAAUAAAACUACGUCAAAAGUCAUGUUGUAAACAAGAAAACAAGAGAUUUUGAACUCUCUUUCUGUCUCUUCAGGUUAAAAAAGGUGCAGAGCCUCACCACCAGACUACUGUCACUCACCUGGACAUAGUCACAGCGACAGGCUUCAAAGCAAUCCUGGACUUCAUGUACUCGGCUCACCUGGCUCUCACCAGUAAGAACGUGAUCGAGGUGAUGUCCGCCGCCAGCUACCUUCAGAUGACUGACAUCGUCCAGGCGUGCCACAGCUUCAUCAAAGCCGCCCUGGACAUCAGUAUCCGCUCUGAGAUGGCCGACGAACUGGCCGACUUCGAGAUGGGAGCCGUCGCUGCAGCUGGUAUAGGCGGAGGCGGUGGAGGCGGAGGGGGAGGAGUGGGUUUAGCGGGACCAGGAGGUGUUGUGGGUGCAGGUCUAGCAGGAGUAGGAGGAGGAGGAGGGAUAGUAGGAAUGGCGUCUGAAGCCCUGGCCUCCAUCAUGUCUGGUCGAAGCACCUCUCCUUGGCUGGCUCGCCGCACCAGCCCCGCCAACUCCUCCGGGGACUCAGCCAUCGCCAGCUGCCACGAGGGAGGCAGCACGUACGGAAAGGAGGACCAAGAGCCCCCGAAGAGCCAUGAGAGCCAGGAGGAAGCCUGCCACGACUCCCAGCCGGCCUGGCCGCAUGACUACAGGCCCGUCACUGUCAAAGAGGAACAGGUGUCCCCCGCCUCCUCCUCCCAUCCCAGGGACACUCCCAGGGGUGCAGCGCAAAACCAGGGGGAGCAAGGUAGUGGAGGGGCUGCGGGAGGAGGUGGAGACGGAUCCUGGCAACCCCUGUCAGGGUCAGGGCGGAGGAAGAAUCGGAAAAACAAGGACACUGUCAGACAUAUUACCCAGCAAGCGGAGAGGAACUGGGACAGGGAGCGGGACAGGGAGAGAGACCGGGAUAGUAGACCUGGAUCUCCUCUACCCUCCAUGUUGGCUGUGGCUGGAUGGAACUACAACGGCCAGGAAAUCCCAGGUAAGACUCGCACACCUGCCUCUUGAACUGUGUUGUCUCCAUUCUUCAGACUUGGGCAGCGUUCACAACUCACCGAGCAGCAGAACUGGGUCACAGCUUGACACUGGCGAAAGCAAUCCAUGUGUUUCCAAGAUCUAAAUCCUGUUUUUAUAGUGGAUUUGUGGGUUUGAUAAUGAGUUUAGUGGCAAACAACAGGUGGAUUUAACCUGGCAGUAUGGACACGGGCCAAAAGAAGCAGACUGUUUCUAAGCAGGAGAGGAGUCCGCAGCACUGAUUUGGUGACUUGAGGGCUUUAGAGUUUCCUGGAGUUGCUGUUGUUUCAUAAGAUGGAACCUACUUAUCCCGUCAUGUCAUUAGCCGAUGGCUGGUAAGAUAAUAAGAUUAGGUUAGAUAAUGAGGUGAAACUAUAGCUUUAACACUCCAGCAUAGUCAAAUCUGAUUUAUCUGUGCUUCCAUCUCAAAAGACACUUUCAAAAUAAUGUCAGCUUUUAAACACUCUUUGCAAGGGGUGGGAGGAAAAAUCAGUACAGCGCAGUAUUGCGAUAUUUUGUCAGCUUAUAUAUCGUAUCGUCUUAUUUACCAAGGAUUGAUUUUUUAAAUUGAUUGCUAAUAUGAAGUCAAAUCUAUGAUAUUAGGAAACUAAAAUCAACUGUUUGUCCAGUGAGGUUGUCAGAUGUGAAAUCAUAGAGCAGGAGAAGAUGAGAUGAGAUGGACCUGACACAUAAGGUUAGCAAGUUGUGCUACAUGAAAAUAAAAUACAGCGUAAAUAAGACAAACAUAAAGGAAAGUCAAACGUUAAAUAAGCUAAACGGUUUUAAAAAAUUAUAUAAAUCGCAGUAUAUUGUAUCACAAUACUCACUAUAUUGCAAAAUGUUAAAAUCGCAAGAAUAUCAUAUUGUGUCCCAUGUAUCGUGAUAACAUCGUAUCAUGACCCAAGUAUCAUGAUAAUAUUGUAUCGUGGCCCAGGUAUCGUGAUAAUAUCGUAUCAUGGCCCAAGUAUCAUGAUAAUAUCGUAUCGUGGCCCAAGUAUCGAGAUGAUAUCGUAUCAUAGCCCUAGUAUCGAGAUAAUAUCGCAUCCUGGCCCAAGUAUCAUGAUAAUAUCGCAUUGUGGCCCAAGUACCGUGAUAAUAUCCUAUCGUGGCCCAAGUAUCAUGAUAAUAUCGCAUAACAGCUCAACUAUCGUAAUAAUAUCGUAUGGUAGCUCAACUAUCGUGACAAUAUCGUAUUGGGCCCAAGUAUCGUGAUAAUAUCGUAUCGUGGGGCCACCACUGAUUCCCACCCCUACUCUUUGCACAGGUAAUCUUUUUUAUUCACUUUUGUUCCACUCAGAUUCAAACAGCGUUCACGACACCUUGCGUCGCACGUGCUCUCAACUUUUCAGAUUCAACAUGGAUAUUUUAGCCCAUGGCAUUCAUCCGCACUCUUCAAUGCUAUUAAAAUGACCUAGUUUCCACCUCCGGGGUUGAGAUUAGCAAGCUUCAACACUAACGUGUGAGGCCUAAGAUGAUUAUCUCAAAUCUUGGAGGUGUGAGGUGAAGCCCGGGUAAAUGCAGAUGGAUAAUACAAUCCUCAUCUUGCUGCAGUUUAUGUAACACACUCUCCUACACAAACAAGAGAACAUAAACUCACUCAGGCACAUGCACUUAUUUCAAGAAAGUGUCUCUUGAUCCUCAGCUUUGCAGAAUAGUUUAGUGAAUUCCUUUACACUAAAAGCUAAUCUAGAAAACACUUAAAACAGUGUGUGAGUAGGUGUCUUGUGUGUGUAUAUGUGUGUGAGCAUGAGUGUGUGUGUGCGUAUGUUUGCACCAGCGGGCCCAAGGCGUCGAUAGGUAGAUCAUUAAAAGUAAGAGAAGCUAAUCCUGGGCGCAUUAAGGGAGUUGGCUGUGAAAUGGGCACACGCGUCGCACAGCGAAAGAAAACAGGAUAAUUGAAUUGACCUGGGUCACUGCACGGAUUACCAGCGCGUCCUCGCCAUCCCAGGCUCCUCCCCCCUCUCUCUGGGGUUUAGGGAAGGACCUUCUGGAAAGGGCAAGAGGAGGGAAAAGAGAGAGAGAGUGAGCAAGCAAGCGGGGUAAUGAGUGGGAGAGAGAGAGAAGCAGAGACAAAAAGACAGGCGGAGAAGACAUCCGUACAGACUGAUGAGGGUUUGUCCGCUUUGUGUCCCCAGUCCUCAGUUUUCUAACUCAUAGUCCAACUUGUCUCGUCUUCAGUUUUCCACUGACGCAUUUCCAUAAACACCCACAAAGCGAAUGACUCCAUUAAGCCCACCGGUCAGUUUCUCGGCUCUGUACUUUGGUAGAAGGUAAAGUUUAAGUCUGGCUGUGGUAACGCAGCCAUUACAGAGAGAGCUGCUGUCUCACCUAAAGGUUGAGGGGAGUCUAGUGUCCCUGCUGGUGUAGACUCACUUGGUGUAAGUCAGAAAAAAAAAAACUACCAUUCAGCAGGCUUUUAAAUGGCUUUGAAAACGGGGAAAGAAGAGCCAUUGUACUGGGAGGUUAUCACCUCCUCCCUCAGACCUGACCUGACUUCACCAUUUAGCAGUAAAAUAUCAGGCCUCCGUUGAUGAACAUCAGCUAAAGUGUGUGACAGUGAGGAGCCUGUAUGCUUUAAGGGUUUUACUGAACAGGUUCUGUUGGGUCAUUAUCAGAAUAUGCAGGGCGAUGUGAUAGUUUAGCUGGGAGAGUUUCACACCUCUCUUAUUAUGAUGUCCUCAAAAUGAUAAAGCUUUUAAAGUAGGUGACUUUUGUUGAUGUUUACUUUUGCCAAGUCAGAGUCAAAAAUACUCAGGAUCUGGAUGGGCUUUUGAGAGUUUGUCGACUUAAGCCUUAAGUCUCCUUAAGUCCAGAUUUUGUCACCUGCGGUAGAAGAUCCGAAUCAGAUGUACAAGCAUAUGGGAAGAAUUAGAAAGUGAUGUACGAUUCUAUUUAAGGUUUUUAAUGACAGCAGCGGGCUUUUUUCAGACUUAAGCAAGAGAGACAUGCCACAGUUAAAAAUGAACUCCGGAAUCACUGAGUAACACAGAGAAUGAUUAUACUGACACUAAAUACAACCAAAUAAGAUUCUAGGUCUACUGGAAAGUUUAAGUUUUAUUUUCUUUCUAUACUUUGACGUGUGCACACUUGAAAAGUUUUUAAAAAAAUCUAAAAUGUCAGUUUUUUAAAUGACAAAAUCAGUGCUUUUUCCUAAGUGCCUCAGGCUUUUAUUGACAGUAUAAUCAAUCAAUCUUAGAGUUAGGGUUAGGGUUCAGGAUAAUUCAUAAAGACCGAUAUUUCUCAUCAGUCUUUAUGAAUUAUGACAGUAGGAGGGGCCAGGUAGACCUCACAAUCCUUGUUUUUGUAGUAUUCUGUUUUAUCCAGAUGUUAGAGAUCAAGAUAGGUCCUUUACCUGACUUUCCUACUCAGAGAACUCAAGGGAAAACGGGACGUUGUGGCACGUCGAGGCCUUGCUCAUGUUUCUGACGCAAAACAUCAUAUUCCACUAGUUACAGCUGCUAAUCUUCACUCAUCGCUUCCUUGUCCUAUUUGGUGGCGGAGGCAGGGUGACACCAGUUUAAGUUGUCGACAUGUUUAAUAUUUGCUCUCUUUUCCCAUUGCUGGAAAUGAGGUGGAUUCAUCAUGUCCACAACCGCAUGAUGGCAUUUAAUAGAGGCAACCCUUCAGGAAGCAGCAGUGGUCUCAUCUUUCUCUGAUUUGGUGAGAAAUAAACAUCACAGAGGUCUUCAAAAAUCAGACGCAGGUAUCUAAAACACAGAUUUUAGGUAUUGAUCAUGCAAACGUCAUGUCAUAAAUGGGAUAUCAAAACUAGGAUGCUCAAGUCCAUCUAUAGGAGCAAUUCACAUUUAGAGAAGUAGAAAAUACAAUUUUUAAUGUAUUGGAAUAUUUCAUAAUACAUUGAAUUAUAGUCCUGUAUCAUAAUAUGAUAUCCCCAGACCCUUGCCGAGUCAUUAAUCAGGCGCUGUACUCUACCAUGCAUAGCAAUGCUCUAAUAUUUAUGGUAAACAAUGACCAGACUGACAUCUGAGAGUGCUUUUUCUAUCUCCCUUUAAGUCCAGCCUAAACAGAAAUAACUCGAUAAGGAGUUUUUUUAGGAGAAUGAUUUUGGUGUUAGCUGAGCAUAACUCCUUUAUGUUUGAGGAUGAGUGUUUCUGUGAAGUUUGGGGUCAUUUCUCAUUUUCCAGAGAGGGAUUAUGAUAAAUAAUAAUAAGUCUUUUGAAGUUCUCACAAAAGGGUGAAAGAGCAAUUUUGUUUCUGUGAAUGUUUUUGUGUUUGUGUGGCGGGACGGUGUCCAUAAAGUCCGGUUGUUGGUUUCCACACAGGCAUGUGGAGUGAAGUAGAAAGGGCACCUUCAGUCAGAGAUUAGCUUAAUUGCUUCAUUCUUUAUUGAUGAGAAGUGCCUGAACACACACACACACACAUACACACUUACACUCACACACACACACUCUCAUUCAUAUGUGAUUGGUGUUCAUGUUUUACUAUUAGAAAUGCCUCUAUUACACACUACGGAAAGGCUGCUUGACUGAGGAUUUGGCUGGAUUACUGUGUAAUAUAAGGAUAAUAUAUGGCUGUGUAAAGGCUCAGUGUAUUAGCGCCCAGCCGUUUCAAAGAUUUUUUUUUUUUAUGAAAAUGCCGUGUGUCUGUGUUGACAUAAACAGCUGCAGGAAUUAGGAUUUGUUUUCUUUAGAUCCCCUUCUCCUGCAAACAUCUGCUGUGUUCACUUGAUGUCAUUAUUUAGGCCACUAAGCGCUCAACUUCCUCCUCUCUCUCCCUCACCCACUCCGCGCUCAAGCUCGAUCUCUCUCUUUCUUCCGCUCACCUUGUCUGCUGACACAAAUAUUUGAAAUCAUAUACAUGAAUUGGGAGGAAGAAAAAAAAAAGAAAAUCAGCAACGCCUGCUUUUCCAGUCAUCUGAUCAUGUGCGUAGAGUUUGCAGCACAAUACUAUAUUAGAGAUGACAUAUUUUGGAGGAGGGGAGUUUUAAAUAGUCUCUGCUUCUCCUGUCUGCUUAUGCCUUUAAAUAAUUACCUGAAAUUAUUUUUAGUUUGGCCCCCGCUGCUUCUCCCAGACCCGGAUUAAAAAGAGACUGCGAAUCAGAGACGGAGUGUUUUUGAAAAUCAAGCAUCAGGCUUGUUUUAAUAUUUCAGUAUAUUCUUCUUUGAUGCCUCAUAUCAGCCUCUGCUCUCCUUAUUUAUUAGCUCAUCGAGUGGAAAUCAGUUAACAAAAAUGUUGAUAAUUAAUUGAUAAUUCAUCAACCAAAUAUGUGAUAUAGUCUUUACUUUCAAGUGCAACUCAAACUUCGAAAAAGACAAGCCACUUUUCAUGUUUUUUUUUUACAUUUCAGACUUAAUAAUGAACAGAUUAGUUAGAAUAUUAUAUCUUGAUUAAUAGUUUAAAGGAAUUAAAGUUGCUUCCCUUAUUUUAUGCUCUUUUGUAAAAAUACAGCAACUUUAAACUCCUGUCAAAAAGGCCUGUCUCCUGUCUUUAAAGCACCAGGAGGGGAUUUUCACUGACUUUAAAUACUGUCACUCUCAUGCUUUUAUCUCUUUAUGAUCGACAUGGUUAAAUGAGGUAGUUGGCUUAUUCCGUAAUGAUCUUAAUUUUAGUACUUGUGACUGAUUUAUUCAUACAUUUAUUGGGACACCAGACCACACACCAUGACACCAGACUGUGUCAGCUGUGGGGAUUUCCAUAUGCUGUGUCGUCUAUAUUUGUCUGUGGUCUCUUUUGUGAGAGAAUUUUAAUUUCAGUGGAACUCUCUAGAGAAAUACAGGUUAAAUAAAAUAAAUUCAAAAGAACUUUCGUAAGCUAACUAGCAGUAAUAAAUAAAAAGUUUUGUCGUUUGUUCUUCAUAAUGAAGCUACAAUUGAAUGUAUUUCUUCAUUACUGCAUCCUGUAGUGAGUUACCUUUGACAGAGAAGCAGUGGUAUUAAAAAGAAAGAGAAGCAACAUCUUUACAAGGACAGUGCUCAUGGGAAAUGAAGUCUUCAACGCUACUGAUUUUGUUCAGUCAACAUAACAUGAAAAUACCUCACAUUAUGUUUGAAUCACAGACGUCUUUGUGAACAGCUGCUUUGCUUUAUUCAUCUUUACACCCUGCUGUGUGGUUCAGCUGCAGAGACACAGAGAUCAUACUGCAUGUUUCAAUACAUUCUGGUUACUUACAGCUGCUCACUUUGUGGAUUUGUGGGAUGAUGAGCAAAAAUUAAGAUCAAAUAUUAUCAUAUACUUUUACAUUUUAAAUGAAGUUAUUAAAAAUACAACAUUUUAUGGUACUUUUUAAAAAUAUAGUUUGAUCAUGUUAUUGUGGCAUCAAUCCAUGCCACUAUGAAAUAACCAAACCUGAAUUAUGUUUAAAUGCAGUAAAAAAUUUGUUGUGUUCAGGUGGAGUAAAAUGUCACUUUAGCAUCAGAUUAUGUAAAUAAGGUAUCUAGGAACAGUUAUUUUUUAUUUAUUUAUUUAUUUUUUUAGGGGUUUAUCAUUGACUCCUUGACUAUAUAUCUGUGAAAAUAUUUCAAUCUUUGACCCCUGAAUGGAAAUGUGGUGUUUGUUGAACCCACUGAUCACUCACAUCUUCUGUCCUGAGCUGACUUUGCCUCCAGUGUCACAUUAAAACACCAAACUUGAACACAAUAUCUGAGUUACUUUCAGCUCAUGAUUUAAAUUCAGUUUAAUUCAGGUAUUGAACAUUUUAUUAAUAAGAAAUAUGAUUGGAAACAUUUAGUAUUAGACACAUUUUAGCCCCUAAACAUCUUUUUUUUUCUGAUUUACCUUCUGCCUGUAAACAAUGUGUAGUAUUUCCUGUGCUUAUAUAUUUAGUUAUGGAGUCUCCUCUCCAAAAAAGAAGUGUAAUUUUAGAGUCAGAGCCUGUUCACUAUAUGGCACGUAAAGUCUAACACAGAAAAGAGGUGUGAGCUGCUCGAAAUACAAAGUGAACGAUUGAUUUCUUUCCUACUUCCUGUGUACUUGGGGCAAACACCAACUUGAUCUUCAUCCCACAUUAUAACAACACUAGAAAUACUUUUUUUUUUCACUGGUAUUAAAAUCUUUCUGUCUCUUACACACACACACUUACACACACGCAUAUACACAGUGACCUUUAGUGGCAGCUUGGGGGAUUUUGGCAAUCCGGUACAUGGCCGGUGUGAUGUUCUCUCUCUCUCUCUCUCUCUCUUUCUCUCUCUCUCUCUCUCACGCACACACACACGCACACACAGCUUAGAGCAUGUGAUUAUGUAGACGUGAACAGUUCAAUCACACGUGGGCUGUUCUUUCCAUUUCCCUCUAGCUGUUGCACAUUGAUUACAUCGAGAAUCUUUUUUUGAAAAUCCAACAUCUUUAUCUAAGUCUCUUCCUCUCCUCUCUACAGCCUCAGAGUUCCCCUCCUCGACUGCUAACACACAUAUACACACGCAAACGGUUACAAACAGUCGCACGCACACGCACGUUAAAAAGUAAAAUCAAAUUUCUAUAGAGCCGCUCUCUGUUUGUCGAGCGUUCGAGUGCUGCAUGUUUGGUCUUGCUGGAGCUCAGACCUUCAUCCUCUGCAGCGCCAUCCCCCUCCUGGACUCACCUGUGUCCCGCAGACACACUCUCUUGAAAACUACUCUCUAGUUUGCACUUCCUCUCGCAAACUUUUUCGCUUUUUUUUUUUUCCCUCCCCGCGCUCCUCUCCCCAAGUCUCGGCAGUCUAAAGGUGAGCACUUGAAAUAAUGAAUCGGAUCCCCCUUUCGCCCCCUUCCUUUCUGUAUUCCAGUUAAGACUCUCCCCAUAGUAUUUGCACUUCAUUAAACUUGAAAUAGGUUUAAUAUUUAAAACACCUGAACACAUUUCAACCCCCCUCACCCCUCGCACAUCUCUCUCUGCGUUUUCUCUCCCUUUUUCUCGCCUCAGUUUAAUAAUCUACUCUCAUAUUUCCUCCCUAAUUCACUCCUCCUUCAUUAAAAACCAAAAUAGAUUUAAUAUUUCAGACUGUGUGGACUUAAUUUUUAACCCCUUACAUCAAGGCUCGCUGCUUGACACUCUAUGUGUUGGAUAACGACACACUUUUGAGGCCUCCUCUGCUGUAUUUUCUGACUGAAUCAUCUUUCAGAGUUUUUCCACACGCAGUCUAUUAUCUCUUAUGUCUCGCGCUGUCUUUGUGCUUCAGUCCUCUCUGGGCAUCUCCCCCACCCCCUAUUUGCUCUCCCUCUUUGUCCUCUUUGACUGCGCAGAUGAUUUCAGCCCUUUCCUCCCACACUAUUGACUUUUGUGGCCUGUGCACCCCACCUCUCUCAGUUUCCCUCCAUCCUCUUCUUCUACUCCUGUCUUUUGCCCACAGAGAUUUCCCCCUCAGUUGUGUCUUACAGGGUUAAAAAAAAAUUUCUCCCUCUCUAUCUCUUUUGCGAAUUUCUCCCCCUUGUUCUUCUAUCUCUUAGUCCCCACUAAAUUAAAGAAAAGUUCCUUUAUCACCAUCAUAACCAAUCACUUCUCACCGCCCACCAGCUGUCUUUGUCAUAUGACCUCACAUCCUGGUGGACAUUAUGGGCAGUCCACCAGCUAAAAGCCCCUUCUUCUUCUCCACCACCACCACCACCACCAUCACACCACACACACACACACACACACAUUCACACAAUUUUUCACACUCUUGCUGUCUGUCUUUUUCUCUCGCAGCACUCUCCAUCUCCCUCUCUCAGUUCUCAAUACUGACACCUGCUCUAUUUAUAAUUCUCUGGCUUUAAAAGAGCCAUUUUGGACAGGAAGCUGCCCCCUCCCAUCUCCUGACCGCGGCUCUUUUCCAAAGCGUCAACACCCCCCACUUCUCCACCUCCUGCCCCUGGAACACGGCGGAGAAGAAUCACUGGGUGGAGAAGUGAAGGAGGAGUGUAUGCGUGUGUGUGUAUGUGUGUGUAAGGGGGGUUAAAGAUUAGCCAUCUCACCCUGAGUGCACCUGGGCUGGGCCCAUGUGUGCUUUUUUUUUUUUUUUUUUAAAACCAUGACCACACACAUACUGUACACACGCAUGAACACACACAAACACAAAUACCGUCACAACACCCGCAAAAACCUCCUGCACUUAAAAAUGUCUGUGGUCGCACUCGCUCAUUUCUUAGCCUGGAUAGCUCAGGUUUAAGAAUUAAACUACCCAGAAUGCACCAUGACAGGAUGUCCUGUUGGCACAGUGCAGAGGUAGGUGGGUCAGGAGGUUUUUGUGGUUGAACAUUCAUAGCAGCAGUACCCCCUUAGAUGAAUCCCCGCCCUCACAUCAACACACACACACACACAUUAACUCCAUCACAUCAUAACCCAAAACGUCUACACAUAGAUUCAUCAGUGGUUGUGGUUAACUUUGUAGAACAUACACACACACACAUAGAUACACACACACACACACACUCACACUAAGAAGCUCAAGCUUGAGGAUACACUCGACUUCAUCUCCUUCCUUAUCUGUUCGAAUGCUCAACACUAUCUUCUAAAGAACAUGACUCCUGAGGGUGUUAAGGUAAUUUCCUAUCGUGUUCCUGCUCAGUUUCUAAAACAAACUUUUCCUUUCCAAACAAGGGAGGACUAUUCUGUGAUUUUACAGCCCUCUGAAAAAGACACUCCUGUUACAGUUCUUCUUUUCGGUUUGAUUCAAAGGUCCCUCCAACUGUUUAGGACAUUCAGCAGAAAGUUACAGGUAGCAUGAACAUACUCAACAACUUCAAGCCUGUUUUUUACUUUUUUACUGUAUACAUUUUUUUAAAUUGAUGACUUGAGAAGCAAGGUAGUUGACUUAACUGUUCAUGUUUUCAAAGUUUCAAAAGAAUUUCAAACAAUUAUCACCAAUCUGCUUUGAAACCGAAGGAAAACUGACAAAAAACCUCUGAGAUUAUAACAUUUGACUUAACUGGCAGAAACCAGGAAACUAAGUACCUUCAUAUUCUCUCCUCUUCUGUAUCAUACAGGACCAUGUCAAGUCUGAGAGGCUCAUAAAGAGUUCAAAGAGGAAAAUUUUUACUUAUCUAAGCCAGCAAAUAUGGUUCAAAUAAAGCUUGAGAAUUGAGGACGACUUAGGGUUUGUAAUGCAUCAAUCUGAGACUUCUGAUCUAAAGUUGUUGUGUUCAGUUCGAAAUCAUCCUCUUGCAGCUGAAAGUAAAACCUUUUCUGCUUUUUCAUUUUAAGGCUGUGUUGUCAUUGGCACAUUCCUUUAAGAAGUUUUCACUGUGAGCAACAUGUGCAAACUCAAGCAAGUCUAUCUCAGAUCUUGAGUCCCAGUCAACCGUCUCGAAAAGUGUUAAAAAAAUAACUAAAAGAUUGUACAGGUUUCUCCAUAAACAACCUUAAGCUACCCCGCUAAAAAUAUGCCAUAUCAAUUAUUUUAAUUAUCUGUAUUGGUUAGGUAAAAAAGUAACACACUCACACUGAGUACAUGUGAGCUAACUUUUCUGAGUUUAAAUCUAUAAAGACUCAAAAGACUGAAGUUCAAAUUCGCUUUUAGAGAACUAACAGGAAAUAUGUUAAAAUGGAUUAGAAAGAAAGCAGCAUGCAGGGCAUUUAAUCACAGCCUAUCGUCAAAAAAGUGAGUUGUAACAUAACUGCCUUUUAUGCUGGGCAUAAGUCAUCAUAGCUAAGACGUUUGUGGUGAAGAACCUAAAUUCCAGGAGGGGGCACCCCCAGGGCUGGGACACCCCAUUCUACAUCCUGAAUCUGCACCUGACAUCUGCAACCGGGGUCAUGACCUUCCUCCUUCCUACAGUUUCUCUAUGCUUCUCAUAGAAAGUCAUCAGCAGGACCCAAAAUAACACAACUCACAUUUCAAAUGUAUCACAACAGGUGAUCUAUGUGGGGACAAAACUGGUAAAAAAGUGGAAUUAGAGGGUCUAUAGUCAAUAUGAGACAUUGAUCUAAAAGGAGAAACCUCACUUUGAGUUGGGGUUGAUGGGGUCGAUGUCAUUAGGUUAGAAGAAUUGCACUUUAGUAAUUGAGAUUUUAAUACCACCUGAUGCUCACCCUCCGACCUGGCCACCACCCUUGUUGUCAGAGCAGGGAAAUUUCACACUGUGAGCAACUUUGGAGAAAGUACGGGACAGAGCUCCUGAAAAUUUUCUGUAAUUUCCCAGGAGUACGAAUGUGAAAGAGGCAGGGUAACCACUAUUAUACCAAAAUUUCCACCUUGUUGGUGACACCUGGGCACUAAAAGACACCUUUGUACCAGUAUUUGUAUAAAACAGAUUCAUUUGUUACACAAGGCGGACAUAUACAUCAAUAUGAAACAGUCUGGAGCAGUCAUGGCUUUCUGCUUGGUCUGUUUUUGUUUGAGUGAGAUGAAAUCUUGAACCUUUGUGAAAGUUGUUUUCAUCCACUUUGAUUCUUGUUUCCACGAGAAAUCUGUGCCUCAUAUUUGAGCCACACCCCCUCCUCUUCCUCGAUGGGAGAUUCUUGCUGAGGCUUCUCUUUUGGAGACAUGAAACGGAGAUGUGAUGUGCCGUGAGCUGGGAUGCCUAUCUUCUCUCUCCUCCAGUGAUCUGAUAGCCGGUAAUGGGCCCUGUAGCCAUGAGCCUGGCAGCACUGCUCACUGUGGCUUAUGUGUCACACUGUACCCAGCAUUCAACGAGAGUUAGCCGAGCGCAAGCAGCUGGGAUACCGAGACUGGAGAGUGUGUGUGAGAAAGAGAGGCAGGUAUACACAUUGGCAGCAAGACUGACAGGGAGAGGUGGAAAACUGUAACUUUCAUGAAGAGUUUAACCUUAAAAAAAAAACAGCUUUCCUGUAAGCCUCUGGCUGGAUUUCUCUGUCAUUUUCAGUCAACCUGAAGUUCCUCUUCCCUGCUCUGUUUAUUUUAGAAAGGUGGCUUUGUUCUAUUUACUGUACCCACUCCCUCAGCGGCCUCUACCCCCGUCAGACCAGUUGGAGAAGGGGAGAGACGAAGAAGAGGAGGAGAAGGGGAGGAGGGGGGUAGAGAAAGAGCAAGAGAAAGGGGAGGAGGGUGCAUGAUGUUUGGACAAACGGACAACCCGAACAGGAUAUAGAGGUCUACAGCCUGUGGGUGUGUCGGUUUGGCCGAGGCUCAGCUCACACACAAACACACACGCAUACUCACACACACACAUACGUACACACAAUCGUGGGAGUGUUCCCGCUGGAGGGCAAAGUCUCCCUUCCUCUUACACAUUCAUUCUCUCCUUCCAUUCCCCCCUUUCCGCCGUCACACCCCUCCACACCUCCUUCCUUUAGACCUCUCUUUCUCCUUCAUCCCUUGUUCCUUCUCUUGUGACAAGCCCCCCUUUCCUCCUCCUCUUCUUCCUCCUCCUUUAGAAAAAAGAAAGUGUUAAAGACACAGAAGAGUUGGCCAACAGCAAUGAGAAACUAGGAGGGAGAGGCCAAAAUCACCACAGGGGACAAUUAUGGCUUGGGCUGUGUACAUACAAGUGUGUGCGUGUGUAUUUGUGUGUGGUUCGUUUUGGGUUUGAUAGUCAUAGAGGCGUCGAAAACAGUCCUGGAAGCCUCUUUCUGUCCUUCACAGCUAUGUGUCCCCUCCUUGUCUCCUCUAGCCCUCCUUCUCUCUGUCUCUUUAAACCUUCCUUUCCGUCCUGUAAAAUUCACGCUGUCACUUCUGUUUAAACUCACUCCGUACACUAGAGCUACGGCUGCUGGUUGAGUCAAGCGUGUGUGUGUGUGUGUGUGUUGGGUUUCCAACAUUGAGUCCAGGGGCUUCAAAUAAAGGCAGCCUGUGGGUAACUUCCUCCUCGUCAUUAAGAUCUGUGAGCUUCUGUGUGUGUUGGCUUGUGAAAACAAAACUUCCAGGUUCUGUUGUUAGCGUGUAAUGAGACAAAGUUAUGGAGAAAAAACACACAACGCCGUAGUCCCCCCCUUAAACUAGUGAAAGCCUUUUAGCAAUGUGGGUUUUCUGGCCUGUUAUUAUUCCUGUUUGGGUUUGCUUUAUAUUUAAUCGGCUAUUUUCAAUUUGAAAGUCCGAACAGAACUGUAUGCUGCCUGCUUAAAUCUGUAGUUUAUAAGAAGUCAAACAUUCUUUCGUACAAGAAACACAGCUUCAAAUCAGCGCCAGUGUCGCCGCGUACCUGCUGUGCGUGUUUAUAGUUUUCUUCACAGUAUCAGAUGAUCAGAUAGAUUUACAGUUUCGGGACUCUUCAAGCUUUGAAGAUCCAUCAAAGAUCCAGAGUAGUGUGUCGUAGUGAACAACACUCAGGACCAUAUCUUAGAUGACCUCCUGACUGAAGACGAGCAUGUUUGACAUUAAAAUAGUGAAGUUGAAGUGAAAGAGGGAUGAUGAAGAGCUGCGAAAGGAAACAUAUAACAUCCCUGAAUUUAUAAUGUCACACUAGAGCUGGGCAAUAUGGCCUCAAAUCAAAAUCACGAUAUAUUAAGCAGUUCACCUCGAUAACGAUAAAUGGACGAUAACUACUCCACAAGCUGCUCACCCCCUCACUUUUGAACCAUCCUCCAUCUCCUCACAUGUCUUUCCCUCUUUGUUAUGGACUGGAUGGGGUGGAGACACAUCUUAAAGGGACACAAGACCAUAUCCUACCUACACACAUCCAAAACCGUCUUGUAUUUAUUUAUUUUUUUGACACUGUUGUAUCUGGUCUGUCUGUGACGUGUAGAUAGGAGUUUAUUACAAAGACAACACCAGCAUCAGAACAGCACCGUGGAUGCUUGGAGAGGACUGCCAGUGAUGUCCAGCUCUCCCAAACCUGAGUUUGUGAUCUUGUUAUAUAGGAUUAGAGGUUUUAGGUCCUCCUACAUCCUCUUUUUAUCUUUAAGUUACAUUUCUUUACCAGCUGCUUUACGCCUAUCUGACCUGCGACAUGCAAAGCCCCAACAGUUAGGAUGUCUGGACCAGGUAUCAUAAAAGAGACCCAAUGCCCGCACUUCACCAUUUGCUUAUCUCAGGCUAUCCCUGGGAAAUGCUUUAACACAUUGUAUGUUGGUGCUGUACUCCAAUAUAUUGACAUGGGCAAAAUGACGUCAAUUUCUGUAAAGGUAAAUUUUCGGUUUAUCGCCCAGCCCUAUAUCACCUUAUGUCGGUCUGUUAUAUUUCUUAGUCAAGAUCCUAAAAAAGACAAAAAGAUUGCGUUAGACCGUGGUGUUACAUUCCUUCCAUAGCAAAAAGGCACGAUAAGUAAGCGAACAAUAAAGCUUCACAAACACACUCUCACUUUCUCAAGGCCUUAUCCCGUCCUGCCCACUUACUGUAAACCUUCACAGUCAUGCUUCUUUGCCUCUGUUUCUGCCAGCACCACUUCAGAAGCAGUUUGCAUUCCUCCUAUGUGACAUUUACAUCGACUGUAAGGUGUAACAGCUCCGACAUGAACUGGCAAUGUAAAAUGGGCUUUAAAUACUCAUUUGGUGUUAACCCUGAAAAUGUUUUUGACCUUUUGAAAAGAUGGAUAAAAGUAACCCUCAGCCCCGCAGCUCUCUCUGCAUCUAUCCGAGCUGGGGGUUUCUUUUCUGGUCGUUGUCAUUAGACGUGAAGCAAGUUUCACAAAAAGAGGCCACACUUGCUUUUGUUCCUCCUGUCUCCCACCCUCUUCCCCCAACCCCUUUGCCCCAGAUCACCUGCCUGCCUGUUCUCCUCAUUGUUUCCACCUCUUUCUCUUUCUCUCUCUCUCUUCUGCAACUCUUCCCACUCACCACCCUCAUACACCAGCAGCAUGGAAAGCACUCCAUCUGAUCUGUUUGAUGUCCCCCAACACUCUUUUUCUGCCCCUAUCACUCCCCCUCCUAAGUCUGUAUCUCUAAAUCUUAUACGAGUAGGUUUAAGGUGGGACCUCCUACAACAAGGAUACCCUUUUUUUUAAUGUUGAUGAUUUUUUUAAACUAAUCUUUAACUUGAGGCCACAUCGAAACACAGUGAAAAAAAGAAAAAAACUUUCAGAAGUCUCAAGUGAAAGAGAAGAAAAAUACUUCAGGGCUGCAAGGUGACGACUGCCGAGAAAAGGGAAAGAAUGUUUCAGAGCUUUCGAGUGUGUGUGUGUGCGUGCGUGAGAUAAAGGUAGACACACAAAUGUGUGUUUGCAUAUGUAUAUAGUGUAAUUGUCUGUGACCCUGGCAGUUUUUUUUCUGCUCUGUGGUUAGACAGUUUGUCCUUCCCAUGAUUCCUCAAACCUCAGAGACACCCAGCCUCAAGGUUUAGUAUGUGUUUCUGUGCGAACAUGUACAUUUUUCUACAAGUGUGUGUGUUGUACAGGUGGGGGUUAGGGUUUGGAUUUGAUAACGGAGGACACUCAGACUCCCCCCCCUCCCUCCCCUUCUGUACCCCUCUGUUUAGGCCUUGAUAAGCGGAGCCGGAGCAGUCUGUGGGGGUUAGGGAUUCCUGUCUGGUACAGAAAAACACACACAUACACAUAAGAAAAGCACACACACACACACGCGCGCACACUGGGAUCCGCCCGCUCUGCAUUCCUGUGACCGACUAAGGAAGCAGCCUAGCCGUCUUCCCCUCCACUCCCAAAUUAUCCCCUUCUCCUAGAGUCACUGCAUACUUAUCACACGCCACUCUACCUCUCUCCCUAUCUGACUCAUGCGUACCUUGACUUUCUGCCGUGUUUUGGGCAUCCUUAUUCUUCUGCUGAUCACAAUGCAACAUCCGAUCACCUGGGAUUGACUUCAGUGUUCUUUGAGAGCAAGUGAAGUGUAAACAUACUAACUCUAAAAACUUCACUGGAGCCAAAUUGACCCUUUUAAUGAGCCUUUUUUUAUAUUUUAGAAAAAUAUAAAAGUAGUAGAUGACACAAAAGUAGAAGCACCGCUCUUAUUGGAAGUCACCUACAGGUGCUUUUUGGAUAUUUUAGGUUUGCUGUGCUUAUUUCUCAUGAAAGGGAAGUGGUCAGGUUAAAAUAUGAUAACACUGCCGACAAUAGCCUGAUCAAGACCUGAGGAGGUAAUGAUGCAUCGGCUAUUUUUAAGAUAUUUAUAAGCAGGGCGUUUUAAUUCUACACUAGAGCUACAAGGUACAAUCAAGUGGAUGUAAAGGAUAGAUAGUUUUUUUGGGGGGGAUUUUGAAAAUAAAAGAAUCAAAAAGUUUUUAUAGUUUUCCAUUUGAGAUUUUCAGUUCCAUCUGAAAAAUUUGACAAAAUUAAUAGGGGGGCCAACCUCAUGUCAUGUGGUUACUGGUCUCCCGUCGCUCUCUACUUCCCUAUGUUUCAUGCCUCUCUUCAGCUGUUCUUUGAAAUAAAGACAAAAAACAAACAAACAAAGAAAUAAGAUUUCCAAAAAUUUCCUGUGAAGUUCCUGAAAAUUCCCUCUUAAGUUUCCACGGGAAACACCAUUGGUAACCGUAGAUUCUUAUUGAAAACGCUCUGGAAAUAACCUUGAUUUCAGCUGCUUUUUUUCUGCUUGGUUCACUCUGUGUCCUAUUGAUAAAGAGUUCACAGUUGACCUUUAACCUUUUUACAAACUGUACUCAUCCUUUCACUCCAACUUCAACUUUUCACUCUCCUCCAUUCAUUAUGUGAUUCCUCCUUACACUGUCUCUUUUCUUUUUCUCUCUUUUUAUGCAUUUUACCCAUUCUCCCUCCCUCUUUCAUAGAUAGCUUUUAUGCCCCCCCCCCCUUCCUUCUCUUCCAGGGGUGUGUUGCCAGGGUUAAAAAGGGGUCAUGUGGUCUCAUGCUGCCCUUUUCUCUAAUGGCUUCUUAAUGAGAGAGUCAGAGAGAGAGGGAAGCAGGGAGCAGAGCAGUUUUUUAAGAAGCACGGUGAGAUAACAGUAGUGUUGCUUAGGGCACUGACUCUCUCUAAGUGUGUGUGUGUAUAAGAGUGUGUGUGUAUGUGUGUACCCAGUGCCUGGCUGACCCCUUGCUCCAUUUCGGGCCCUCUCUGAGCUCUGUGCUCUUCUCUGGGGAAAGAGGAAAUGACACGUUUGUAGGCUUGAAUAAGAGCCGGGGCUCGUCACAAGCAGUGUCCACUGGUUCUGGCUUGGAGUGGGUGGGUGGGAGAUGUUUUGGAGGUGAAGGGGGAGUGGGGGAGGGUGAGGGAAGGGGUGGGGACAGCUCUUUAAUUUGCACAGCUUCUGCUGAUUUGAUCAUAAGCAAUUAAUCUCAAUGGCUCGGCUGGGCUGCAGUGGGGGGAUGAGACGAUGAGCACAGUCUUCUGUAUGCAUGCGUCGCUUUAGUUUUCCCCCCUCUGUCCACAUAGCGUGAUUUCUAAUACUGCUAUCACACAGAGGAAGGAGCAUGCUGGGACUAUUUUGUGUCGCAUGUUCCCUGUAAAGCGAAAAGAGAGUUUUUCCAAGAAAGUUUGUCUGUUCACCAAAUGUCCCUCCAAAAUCUGCACUUUCUGAUCCGCAAACUGGAGUGUUUUAGAAAUGUUUGUCGAAGACUCCUGAGGUCACGAGACAUAUCAACCACACAUCGGCUUUGAAAAGAUUUAGAUCAAAACUUAAAAAAGCAAACUUGGAUUGACACAAUCCCUAUGCCUUAUCAGCUCAGUGUUGGCGGCAGAUCAGGAACUCUGAUUAGGGAAUUAGAUCUGCGUCAAACAGGGUGGCAUCUUCACAGGCUUUGGACAGCUGAGAGGCGUGAGGAGCGCAACAAGGUUCAGGGUCCAGAUCUUUCCUGCUGUGGUCUUGAGAUACAUCCAACUUUUAUCAGCUUAAGACUGACACAGAUCUCCCAAUGAUCCACUAACACUUAGCCUGCAGCUUGCGAAAGGUUUGGCUCGCUCAUCCACCUCUCAUCUGUCUCACUUCCUUCCCCCGGUUUAAUCCUGCGCUCAGUUCCCUCCUUUUUUGACCUGAACGCCCCUGUGCCCCACAAAAAAACGCCACGGCCCCGUCUCUUCUUUACUCUCUAUCUCCCUCUUUCUGCUUUGCCUUGUCUGCCAGUUUUCCAUCUCCCACUAUCUCCCUCGCCCUUGCUUUUUCCUCUCCAUGGCACCGCACUCCUCCCAUGCUGAGGCCAUAGCUCUCUCCAUUGUUGGAGGCAGGUUGCCAAGGAUACAAGCGCAGAGAGGCAGAGUCUUAAUGUUAUAAGAUGGGAGAGAUGAGCAGAGAGAAAGAGAGAGGGGGGAGAGGGGCAAUAGCUCUUGUACUCUAUGGUCACGGGUGGCCUUACUGCACACUAUGAUACCCAACUGAGGACAUGCAACAGACCCCGAGACCCCCGCCCCCCCUUCUCCCCUAACCUCCUCUCCCUGUGUGGAUGGAGCAGAGCGACGUUGACUGUGGAGGAACCUCUUGCACUGGUCCUCUGCUCUUUGUUUGCCGGUUGUGUCUGUAGUGCGCAUCUUCAUUUGUUGUCUUCUUGCACAUUUGGCUGGCAGUCACUUGACAGGAUCUCUUGAGGUCUGCGGAGCAUUUCUUCAUCAUCAAAAGUCGGAAAAGGUCAAACAAUAAAAAAAAAAGCGCUCUUGAGUUAUUAGAGGUCUUAUUUGUUGUUGUGUAAAUACAGGGUUCUUGAUACUGAAAUCUAAUAUACUGUACCGACAAAAAAAACCACAAGUCAUAUCUGCGCCUGAGUGUAAUUUUCUUUUAACUGUGUAAAGAAAUCUGCAAGUGUAAACCCAUUUAUUCCAAACUAGUUUAAUGAUCCAAAAAAUUAUGUUUCAGAGAUCAAACUAUUUCCUCAAAGCACAUCCUUUUGUAUCCUUCUUUGUGGCGCUAAUUUGGGGAAAAUUUGUGAAAAGCGCCCCGCUCCAAGAACACAUCGCCAACAGAUUUAGAAUAAAAGAAGAGUGUGAAGCAGAAUUCUCUCUGUAAUCGAGCGUGAUUAUUUGGACAAAUUGAGUUAUGUAUGAACAGGGAGAAAACAGCAAAGGAUUUCUUUUAAACUUUCACUUAAGAGUCGGAGAGGAAAUCGAGGAAAGGAGGUGGAUAAAAACGUGUAAAUACAAGAGUGCGAAUUUGACAGUCUACGUUUACCGAUACAGGACACAACCGGCGAUGCAGACAGCAGGUGCACACGCUUGUUUGUACGUCUUACAGUGUUUGUCUGUGAACUCACACGUGUUGAACAUUUGCACAGCAUGUCACGGUGGGCUCUUAGGCGCAUGCAGUCAGGGUCUUAUAUUUUGAGCAGGUGAUGAAAUGUAAGCCAUAAACACUGCUACUUGGAGACAAUUAUUCCUCUCCUGUGUCUAGUUUGAAUUUCAUGUGCUUUACCGUUGACUUUCCUCUCCUCGUGUACACUUUUUGCAAUCCACUCUAGGAUAUCCAGCUGUAAAUACAUUGACUUUGCCAACUUUUUCACGUUGUCAAACUCUUAAAAUCAUUUCCAGAGAGCAGUAAAGAAGUCAUUAUGACGAGCUAGUCCCCCCCCCCUCGAGCUUGUGAGCUGGUCAGAGAGUAUUAACCCACACACCAAUAACCCACAGGCUCUGUAUAGCAUCCCCACCCUGAGCCUUUUGUUGUCCUCCCUCCUCCACUUUCCAUUAUCUCUCCUCUCAACCUCUUUUUUUCUUCCUCUCCCACCUCACCCUUCAAACACGACCCCGGACCACACUGGACGGGGCUUUUGGGCACACGCUGUUCGCCAGUUUCCUCCCAUGAGCGUUCAUAAAGCCAAGACAUAACCUCUCUCUCUCUCUCUCUCUCUCUCUUUUACUCUCUCCCUCAAUCUCUCCAUCUCCCUCUCUUAGCUUUUAGCACAAAGCCCUGCGUGUCUGCCUUCCUUCCCCACCCAGCAUUCUUUCCCCAUGCAGACCUCUCCCCCGCUCUCUCUCUCUCUCUCUCUCUCUCUUUCUCUGACGACUUCCCUCCUACCCGCCAACUCGCUCAGCCUCACCCUACCUUUCAUUAGCCCACUCUUUAUCUCACACACUCACUCGGCUCGCUCUCGCCCCUACCACUCUCCUAUCUCGCCAGCUUUUACACUCCCUCUACUCUCCCUCUCUCUCUUUCUCUCUCCCUUUUUCCUCUUGUUCUCCCCCCUCAGUUGCUUUGGCUUUUGUUUCUGAUACAUCUUCAUUUAUUUCUCUCUCCCUCUCUUUCCCUGCUGACCCUAUUAUUUUUAUAUUCUCUCUCCCUCUGCCAUCAUUCUCCUCUCUCUCCCCCUCUCCUUCUCCUUCUCUCUCUCCAUCUCUCUCUCUCUGCUUCCCUCCCACUCUUCUCAGUCCCUCUAAGCUGCAUUAACUCCCCAGAUUACCUUGAGCCCUGCAAUCCUCCAUCCCCCACGCACUCAUCGCUCCCUCGUUCCCUCUUUCCUUCACUCAUUCACUCACUCACUAAGGCUAAUUUAAAAAAAAUAGAUUUACAUUUUUAAGGACUCUGUUACCUCUCAUGUUAUGUUACAUUUGUCAAUAGUUAAAUAAUUAAAUUUAGAAAAACUUGAAAAAUCUGUCCACUGCGCAUCACACACUGCCAACAUCUGGUAAGCAGUGGGACAGACACAGCCACAUUAAGCCCAGUCUGUCACCUCCCGCUCUCCGUGAUCACCUGUACAGUGUUUUAUCAGGACACGGCGCAACGACACAAAUCUACUCAGGAAAUCAGGAAAAUUGAAUGAACAUGAAAUUUGGUCAUAGGUCGCCAAAAACAUUAUUUUGGUCUUAACUCCGAUGUGUUCCCUCAGGUGUAAUAUUGCCACAUAGUAGCAUGUUUAUGUGGACCUUAACCCUAACCCUAACCCUUGCACAGAGAGCUUUCGAGGCAAAGAAAGUUAUAUACUUGUUGAUUUUAUUUACUCUUUCUGCAUCAGUCUUGUUCAAUUACAAAAUAGUUUGCUAACAGAGUCAAGAGUCAACGGUUGCUAUCAGUUGUGUCAAUAAACACUAUGAACUUCCUGUUAGAAACCAAGAAAAUAGAUCAAGACACCUGUACUAAACCUCUGAGGUAGCUCUUUCUGAAAUUACGUGAACAUCAGAGCUGGCAAGCGUCACGCUUUGAAUGUGACUGUCACGCAAUUUGACCCAUUCUCACACCACACUUGACAUUUCUCAGGCUUAUAUUUCCCUAUUUAAUACUCUGUAUUUAUUUAUUUAUUCAUGAUAAUAAACUAGGCUUGCCGUAGUUCGAGUAGCUGAUUGACUGAUCAAGAUAACCAAUCCAUCAGUCCUUUGUGCCAAACUCUAACCAACCACAUAAGGCACCAUGCAAUAUAAACCAAUCAAAAGCAAAGUAAGGGAGGUCUUGGCAUCUUUAACUAUCUUUCACACACAACAGCGCUGACAUUUAAAACCCACUCAACGUUAUGCAAUAUUGAUAAAUAAUUGAUUUUUGUUAAAAUCCUAGUUACAAUUUUUAUUCCUAAUUUAUGGUUUAUUAAGACUAGCAUUAGGGAGAGCAGCUGGCAUGGAGGUGAGGACAUCAGUCUUAAAGUAUAAAUCAACAUUAAAAAAGGCUAAAGUCUCACUCUUGUCAUUUUCUGAAACUUGACAGCCCUGCAUAAGAUCCUGAGAAGAAAAUUUUAGUGUACUGAAGAAAACAAAAAAGUUAAUGCUAAAGCUAUUAGCCGAAAUAGCUACAGUGGUGUUUGGUUAUUUAGACAAUAUCUACUCUUGUUGUUGUUUAGCUUUGUCUGCUAAAGAAAACAGUUCAGUACAGACACGAAAAACAGUUUAGUCGACUAUUGAGACUGACUUUCACUCACUAGGCUGGCUAACAACUAGUUCAAUACCAAAGCUAGUGAGAGACAGGUUGUUAGCAUGUUAAUGGCUAAUUUGAGACUUAAGCUAGCACCAGUAGGACAGCUAGCUAGGUUUGUUUGCCCACUUUGCUACAAUCAGCCUCCAAAAAUCAUGUGUAAAUAGUGUCAAAGGUCAUUUAGAAGCCUAAGCACUGACACUGGUCUAAGCGUUGUGCGCAUGUGUCAGUGUUGGAAUAGCAUGGAUGUGUUGCUAGGGAGCCAGGUUGUAAACAAAACCUUGACAGACAAAGAAAGACAUAACAAGAGGAUUUUUUUGCACCUCCUGCUAACAUCUUCAGAUCUCCUUUAGAUGCAUUUCUCCUUUUUUAUGCACACACACAAAUUGCCCUUUUUCCAGGGGAAGUGGUGUCAAAAACACACAGUUUGGAUUUUUUGGGCUGAAAUGUGGAGGGAAAAAAUGCAUUUUUCAGAUUUAGCUGCCUUACUUUAGAUUCACUAUCAUACACUCACCCCCACCAUCACUACCCACCUCCCUCCUACACCCCCUGUAACCUCCUCCUCACCUCUCCUCACUCCCCCUUCACUCACCCACCUACCCACCCACACUCCAUCACCCCACCUUCCACCUCUCACCCCACCGCUCUUACAAUCGCUGCGCUCCUCUCCUCUUCUCUCCUCCCCUCCUCCCACACUCUCUCUUUUUCUCCGAGCCCCCAGCAGUACCACCAUCACCACCAGCACCAUCAUCUCUCUCUCUCUCUCUUUCUCUCUUCCCUGUCUUUUACCACUCUCUUCCCUCUGUCCCUCCCUCCUCUAAAGCCUUCAGGCUCUGCUUGAUUUAUGCUUGCCCUCCCUAUCCACACACCCCACCACCACCACCACCACCCACCCACCACCCUUUCCUAUCUCUCCUGGAGGUUGUGGCCCGGCUAGUCCCUAAAAACAACAGAGAGGGAGAGAGAGAGAGGGAAAGAAAGAGAGAAUAACAACCUCUUUGCUUUCCAUCCUCCCUCCUUUUUAACCCAGCAUUUUUUUCAUUCCCCUCUCCCACACUGCUUUUUAAAUUGCCUCUGAAUUCUUGAGCUGUUUUAGUGCCUCACUCCCCCUUCUCGGCUGAAAUUACUUUUUACCCUCUCAAACUCUGGCAUGCUGAGGAAGCAGGUUCCACCUUCCCCUCCCGUCUCUUUGUCCACUCGAGGACAAACAUGCUAAUCACAUGUACAGUCCUCUGAGCUGUUUGUAAAAGGAGGUGGGGGGGAGCCGGGCUGGCGUUUUCUCGCCUCUCCCUGUGUAUAGACAUCAUGGCAAUUGUUGGAGUCUUGUGACAACACGGCUCUUGUCCUUUUCAACCUCAAGCCUACCGAGUCAUUACCCAGGCCGACUUGGGGCAAGGCCUCUUUUUUGUCUUACACACACACAUAGACACACACACACGCACACUAGGAGACACAGUGAACAGUCUUUCUCUUUUGUUUGCACUCCCAUACUCAAACAUGCACACAAGCCCUACUUUCUUCUCUGACAGCUCUCUUGUGGUCGACAAGCCUCAGUAACUCGUUGCUUAACCACCCUGGACUUUUUUUUUUUUCUCCAUUGUGUUUGGCUACUGUCUCUGUUGAUUUGAAGGCGUGGUGUGUUUGUGUGUAUGCGCGUGUGUUAGCGGAGGUGUUAAAGACGUGCGUCCAUCAGCGCUGAGGUCCUGCGAGUGUGCCCAAGUAGCCAGAGUGUAUUGUUUUGCAUCUAUUCAUCCAUUUAUCCAUCAAAAAAUCUGUAUUUUUAGGAAAACAGAAUCUCCCUAGCUCAAGAAGAAGAAGAUGAAGAGUUUGGCUGCAAAAACGGGGAUCUGAUAGCGUUCGAUGAAACACACAAGCGCGCUAAUACACACACACGCAUCGACACACUUCUCGAGCACAAUCAGAACAGAAGAUCAGGGGUCAAACCAGGUCAGCUGACCCUUCCCUCCCUUUUCAGGCCUUCCCUCUCCUCCUCUCUACUGCGUCAAAGCAAGCCCUCUAAUAACACAACUCCCCUUUGAAACACACACUCACUCACACACACACACACACACACACACGCUUCGCUCAGAUAUACAGUGCAGCCUCCAAACCUAGCACAUAAAACUGCAUCUUCUUUCCAUUAGCUGUAACUCUCUCAAUGGAUGAUAAAUGCAGUAUCCCUCACAACACAUUUGAAGAAUAGUUCAACACACACACACACAUCUUUUAUUCUGAGGCAAGUCUUAUUCCGCCUUUGCUUUUUCCCACUCAAGCCCCCACAUAGCUUGCAGCAUCGUCCACACUCUCUCUCUCCACACACACACAGACACACACACACACACACGAACAAAGAGAACCACCAUUUCCACAUAUUUGUCUCUCCUUUUAAAAGGGGGUUUUAUUUAGCAUAAAUGUUGAAGCCAAGGGUGCCCGGCUACCAUGGCAACCAAAUUAAACGGAGGAUCUCUUCAGAAAGCAGAAAUCUAAAUUAUUCGGACUCUUUUAUGAAGGGGAAAAUGAAAAUUCCCUCCACUGUACAGAGACCGCUGCACUGUAAAGGCAGAAGAAGAAAAGGAAAAAAGAGGAGAGGGGGGGAGAUAAUGCUAUUGUUUUUUUGUAUCUGACCAUGCACUUCAAAGCCAUAUCCUAUGUGAUUGAAAUUCAUAGGUUGUCUCAUGACAGCCAGCAUGUUAACACUCAGCAUAUGUGCACAAAGGAAUGAUGUAACCGCAGUGUCUCUAAAACUCCAGAUAAACCUAUUGCCUCUGAAAAGAUGCCACAAUAUGUGUGUCUGCAAAUCCUCGGCAAAAGCCACCGCAUGUAUGAUGAAAUCCAUAAGCUGCAUGCAUGGGAUUAGGUGCAACUGUUUUCUGGUGUGGUAAAUGAUUUUAUCUGUCGGAACAGGAUGAGGUUUAAGUAACACACCACCAUCUACGCAUGCAGGGCCCCGAUACAGCUUACAUAAGGGAAGGAGGAUUACGUGGUAUAUUCCGAUUAUUUGGCACAGGAGCCUGUUUGUGGUCAGCUGAAUACUAAUUUCUAAUAUCUCACGAUUAGGCGCUGAAAUGUGGAUAAAUCCUCCGAAAGCAGGAGACUUUAUGUUGCGUGGCGGAGUCUCAGCAGCACAGAGGGAGGCCUGUGCUAAAGUGUAAAACAGAGAUAUUAAUUUCACACAUUUACAGAGUUUUGACUGUUUUAUGCAAGAAAAUCACGUCUUUCCAUAACUCUGCCAUUAAACCCACAGUGUGUGACUGAGGCAUUGUUACUGUAUGACUGCGCGGAGGGCGGACAUGUUCCAUCUGUACGUGCACGCGUCCAGGGGAUGCUGGGAAAAGUGUUCAGGGGUCAUUCACUCGCCCAAUGAACAGAUGAGUGGAGGGAGAUGGGGGUCAGAGGUGGCUCUUUUUUCUCUCUCUCCCCUUUUGCUUCCUCUCCUUCCAUUUGUCUGCCUCUUCUUUUUCUCUAUAUACAUGUGUGUGUGUGCAUGGGUGUGUGUGUGUGUGUGUUUGUUGUUGGCCCACAGCAGAUCUAUGUUAUUGAUUGACUCCUGUGGCUGCUGGGCUGCCCACUGAAGGAGGGGGCAGAGCUCUAAUGAAUUCCUGCACCUCAUGCCCCCUUGCGCCAACCCCUACACCCCCUCCUUAAUUAACUUUGUGUGUGUUUGUGGGGCGGGGGUGUGCAUGCGUGGACGUGUGUUUUUUUGUGUGUAUCUUCUAUGCUGCUUCCUCCACAGCUCAACACCCCCGCUUCUACACUCCCCUGCCUUUUUUUCUUUCUUUCUUUCUUUCUGUCCGUGUCCGUGCCUCCUCUCCUCUUUCUUCAUUCCUCCUACUUUAUCUCCUUUUUUUAUAUCUUCCUCUGCGUCUGUGAGGAGUUUGAUGGCUGCUGAUUACUUUGUAUGUGUGUCACUCUUAUCUGUCGCGCCCCAUCUCCUUCAUCCCAUCCUCGGUAUCUCUCGUAUCUGUACACCUUUCAGGUGUAGAUCUAUGCGUGUAUGCGCAACUGUGCAUACAGAGCAUGUUUCCAUCAAUCUGAUCCAGGAUCAUUUAUCCGUACUGGGUGUGAAAAAUGACUGACGUGUGCACGCGUGUGUGUAUGUGUGUGUGUAAGCGCGUGCAUAAGAGAGAGACAGAGUGGUCAACAUUGACCCAGUAGGCUGUGAGAGGGCUGCAGACCCAUCGGUAUUCCAGACGUGGAGGCAAACUACUGUCUCUGUCACCUUGACUCCCCCUGCAGCAGACGAGCAGCGGGCUGCACAGGAAACACUUAGCACUACCUGACUGUAGUUAAAAUGGACAAUAGAGCUAUUUUGUUCCCUCACAUUUUCUCAUCUCUUUCUUCUUUCCUUCCAUUCCCCCUUCUUUAUUUUUGAGCCCCACUUCCUGUUAGGAUGGAAACAAAUCCCAAAAAGGCUUUAGAUUUUUGACUGUUGCAUGUGUAUUUAUUUUGUUGCAUCUUUUUCAACUGUCUGGCCGUAUGAUAUAUCAUUUAAUUGAAAAAUUUAUUUUCUGUUUUCAGUGUAAGUACCUGAUAAAAUUCACUAAUGCUAAUGCUGGAAUAUAAAAAUUAGUGCACACUGAUCAUCUGUUGAUUAAUGUGCAUUUUCUUAAUUUGAUCAAAUUAGUUAAACUAAAGUGUACCGCAAACAUAAUCAGGAUUUGUCGCUUCAAAUUUGUGUAUUUAAAAAGGAUGAUUGUAGACUAAUAUUUUACUUCAAAUGAAGUUUUUUUUGGCAUAGGUUAAUUUUGUCUUUCCAGUAACAGAAGCAUCUUCCUUAUCAUGUGUAUUGCUGGGAGGUAUCAUUAGAUUGUCAUCAUAUUUGGAAAGGUUGCCCAGAGGAGAUUAGGCAGAGAUUAGGUCAGAAUUUUCCUCCAUCUUUGAAAAUUUACACCUUGAAAAAAAACACGUUUUAGGCAAUAAUUAAAUAGGAAAUCAAAGUUUUACAAGCCAUGUAAAUUCAGGAUGCUUUCACACCUGGAUCUAUUUAACCACUUGUAUUGUCGUUCAUCCAUUGAGGGUGUAUACAGCGUAAUGAAAUGUUGUUACUCCAGACAUAAUGAUCUGAUGUUUGCAGUGAAAACUAAAUUUAACCCAGUAAACAGCUUUUUCAAUGGUGAAUGAUGUCCCACAUUUACCGACAAGCUCACCUGUUGAAAUGUUAAUGAGGCAUUUGACCUCCUUGCUGCUCUAAGUCAAUCCACAGCUUAUUUUGUUAGCUCGUUAACUAGCUUACAUUAGUCAGUGUCUAAGAGCCAGCUUCCCACAAUGCAAAGAGUAACUGGCAGUGUAAAUUUCAUGUACAAAAUUGUUUGUCAACUCCCUUUAUUUUACGACUAGCUCAAAGUUUCUGCUUAUAAAACUAAAUUGUUUAAGAUGGAUGUUUAACAUGACUGUUACCUUAAACUGUGUUUAAACCUUGUGUGGAGAUAUGUUUGAGAUCAUAUUUAACAGGAUGUUUGAUUAUAAUGAUAAACUUUUGGUCACUGAUGGUAAAGAUGCAGCUGAGAGCGCAGUGAACCGUGGCUGUCCAGUGGCAUUUCUUGGAUUCAAGGACACCAGGGGCUGAGACUGGCACCCCUAACCCUAACCCUAUCAGAAGAAGAAAGAAAUUAACAUUUAACAAUAGUAGCCACAGGAAGAAUAUCUGAUAUCUGAUUGGUGAGCAGGGUGAAAGUGAAAGUGUUAAAGCAGUGAAACAGAGGAGAUACCAGUACAACCUUGAUACCACUUUGAUUGAUUUAUUAAAUUUUUAUACAGACAGAAAACACUUUGACUAAUACUAGACUGAAAAUUAAAAGGCAUUUCUAUCCAAAGACUUAGACUUAAAAUAAAAUGGCUGCCAAAAGUAACACAGGUGACUGGUCAGGUGGCUUUUGCUUACCUAUGCAAUGAAAAUAAAGGAGGCUGUUUCGAGGACAGUCCUACAAUGAUUACUUUUGACCACUGCACAGUAUGUGACCAAAAAAGAAGACACUGUGCUGUAUUAUGAUGCAAAUCAGACUGAAGCAAGUCAAUCUACUCAGUCGAAAAGUAAGGAGACUAAUCACAAAACACUGAAUUACAUAUCAAAGACUGUUAUAUCAUAACAGAAGUCACCACCUUUUUAAAGGUACAUAGUGAAGUCAGCACUUUAAAUUAUCAGUAACAAACAAUAGAACAAUUUCCAUCCAAACAUCCACAAAUAAUGACAAGAGUUAAACAUAAAGGGCAUCAUAUUCAGAAACCCAACAUUGAUCCAGUGGUAAGAAAAGUAGUUUUAGCAGAAAGAAACCUUGAUCAGAUCCAGAUCCUGCAAACAGAUGAGCUAUAAUACAUUACAUCCUUUAAGGUGUAAAUGUGUGUUUACCUCCCCAUUAAGGGUUAAUUCUAACCAUCAAUGCAUCACCAUCCAGGAAUUAUAUUGUAUCUAUUAGGAUGUCAGAAGGUUUCUGUCCUAAACAAUCACACAUAAUAAUGCACAAACGCCCACCCUGAGGCGUCUUGUGAGUCUGCAUCGGCAUUAAGAAGUCUCUGUGUGCGUGUGUUUGUUUAAAGUGUAGACAAGCGUUUCUUUCAAAGUCUUUGAGUCUCUGAUGUGCGUGAUGUGUAUUUUUGUACACGUCUUUGUUGGAGAAAGCAACCUGUCAUCAGUUAAAUGUCAAUUAGGAGGCAAUGAAAGUGUGUUUUGUGUCUGUAUUUGCCUUUGUGUGUGUGCGUGUGUGCGUGCAUGUGUGUGUAUGUGUGUGUGUGCGUUAAGCAGAGUUGUCGUCAGCAGUGUGGUCUGACAGUCUUGUAGAUCUACAGUGGAACCUCCAGCGACAUGUCUGCUGCUGACAGCUUCUCUACACACUCUGCUUUCAACAACACUGAUGGCUAAGCACACUCAUGCAGACAUACGCACACACAUACUCUCUCACACAUACACACGCACCACGUCUACCUCCCUCUCUUCUCUCUCUCUCUCUCUCUUUCUCUCUCUCUCUCUCUCUGGCUGUCUCCGUAUGAUCUCCCUGUAUUUUUGUUGACUGGUGAUGAUGAGGUAUGUUAGGGAGUUGAGGAUAGAGGGAGAUGAUUCAGAGAGUGACGUGUUGGUAGUCACUACUGAAAACACAGGGUGGUGUAAGUGAUGACUGGGCUGAGAGGUUUGAAAGGAUUGGUUUAAUACGAUGGUUUUUGUGUUGUGACACUUGGAUAAAACCUUAAAUUUUUACAGCUAUUCAGGCAGAAUGUCAGGGAUUUUAAGUUUGAUGAACGUUUCUCUUUAUCCUCUUUGAAAGCCUUUCACAAACCCAACAAAAGGCAGAGUUUUCAGGCAGUCCUGGACAUAAACUUGUACAUAUUUUGCGAGCUAGUUUAACCGAAAAAAGAAAGGCCGAGAUAUCAGUCAACGUUGGCCAAAAAAAGGUCACAAGAUCCUCACCUCUCCUCUCUUACGUCAUCUCUUUUCAGGGGCAGACGUGACCGAACCCAACAGCUCAGACAGCCGCGGUGAACGCCUCGACUUCUUCCUCAAACAGGAGGAGGCUCUGACCACAGAGCCCAGCUACCUGGGUCCCAACGAAUCCGAGGAGGUCGGAGGAGGAGCCGGGGGCGGGACCAUCUCAUCUGUGGCCAAUCUGAAGGCGGCGCUGAUGAGUAAGAACAGCCUGCUGUCGCUGCGGGCUGAGGUGAUGGGAGAUGAUAACCCCUUACUGUACGAGUACCUGCCCAAAGGAGGACACUCCCUGUCCUGUAAGUCGCUAUUUCUUAACACUGUGUGAAUACUGACAUUAACACACACUCACACACACACACACACACUCAUCAUUACUCAAAUUUGCUGUAUCUUUGGGUACAAGCUCAUGUGUGAGUACCUGUGUAACAUUAAACACACAAACUCGACCACUUUUGACAUGAGUAUCCUCUACCUCGACACCUCAUGAGCCACUUUCUGGAUAAAUCUGAAUGCAUGCCCGUUUGUGUGUGUGUGUGUGUGUACAUGUGUGUGUGGUGCCACUGGAGUUUGUGUGGCAAUGCGAGUGAUGACUAGUCAGCAGUGACUCAGUGAGAGAACAUUUUGCUGGGAUCGCUCUCGGUGUCGUGAGAAAAUUUGUUUGGUUUUAUGUGACAGUUUCUUUGUGCGUAUCAGUGGGUCGACGGCUGUGUUUCACAGCAGCAAAAUAACACAACAGAACUGCAGCAACUGUUUGCACAUUACUUAUUUUACUAUUACUUCAGAUUUGCUCUCCUCGACUCCGGCGCUGCUGAAAGGCACUUUUGAAACACGGAGCGGAGUGUUUGCUUUUCUUUAAAAAUAACACACGUUUAAUGAAUAAAGAUCCUCUGAGUUUGAUUUGAUUUGAAAUGGAUUGUGCAAAAUAUUGUAUUUAUAUUUCAUUCUUUGUGAAAAUGUAACAGAUUUUUAUUACAAGUGCACAUUGUUUAUAUAAGAGUCUGAAUUUCUGUCUAUAUGUGUGGUAAAACGAGCUCAGAUUUUUCACUUUCAGCCUUCCUCUACUUAGAAUAAACUCUUAUUUUAUUCUCACAUCAAUAUUAGAUCAAUAAACAGCCUUAUUCGUGCUUGAUUAGCCCACGUUAACCAGAGAUUUUCUCUUCUUUCACUCGGUUUUCUCUUCCUUCAGUGAGGGUGUUAAACUGUCAGUGUGUCUAUGUGUGUUUGUGCCAGCAUGAGUGUAUAUUUGCUUGAGUCCAUGUUCGCGUGGGCACUUUUAUUUUUCUGUGUGUGUGCGUGUGUGCGUCUGUGUGUGUGUGUGUGUACAGAACUCCAGUGUUUGUGUUUCUUUUUGCUUCCACUGGCUAGUAAUUGGAUCUUUUGUCCUGAGUUCUGCCUGCCUUUGUGAGCGGAAGAAAAGCAAAAGGAAGGGUACAACUCCGAGCAUAGUCAUGCCUUUUUGAGCUGAGCCCCACUCACCUUCAAAAUAAAAGACAGGGCUGCGACUGAAUAGGCCGAAACACACGUUUGCAGUCGCACAUCGGCGCUCACAUCGCGCACACACGUCACAUCACAUCACCCCCUUUUGUGUAAGUGUUAAGUGUGUGGGAUUGAGAUGUUUCUGUUGGCUUAAAGAGCAGAAUCAGAUGCUGUCACAGCACAGAUAGACAGCCUCACACACUCUAGAAAAGAGAAGAAGAGGAGGCUUUUUCAAACACACUCACACUCCACAGAAACACCCUGCCUUAACUAAAUGAAAAGGAGAAUUCGGAGAAUGUUAAUCAUUUGCUCUCUGCACCGGGUUGAAGAAAAAAAAGAAACAUGUUAAAUGAGUCUUAUAGCUGUAUUUCAGUUGUCACCAGAGAACCCUUGGGGAGGUUUUUGGUUAGCCGAACCCUAUUUUGAAUUCCCAACACAAUAGCUGUUGGGGAAAUGGGCUUGUCGAGGUAGCCAACAACCUCCCCUCCCUCCCUCCCUGAGUCUGUCCCUGCUUCUAAAUGAGGACAGAAAAUAAACAAACACUGUACCUCAGAUUACUGGGCGGAGGAGAAGUCUGCCUGGCUUGACAGAUCACUGCUCCCUGCCUCCCUCUUUCCAUUCAGCCUUAUUUCCCCCUCCUCCUGCUCUCCCUGUUUCUCCUUCACCCCUGCUUAACAUCCUUCCUGUCCUUUUCUCCCUCCCAUACUCCCCCUCCCUCUUCCUCCUUUCCUCCCAUCCAUUUCUCCUUCACCCCUACUUAACACCCAUCCCUCACUCUGUCCCGCCUCACUCAGGCUGGCCCCUUGCAGUUCCUCCUUAUUUGUCUCACUUCUGUCUCUUUACCCCAUUUUUACUUCAGCUGCGGAGCAUCAAAGUAUGUCGGUUUGAAAUCCUGGGAAAGUAUUGAUCUUUUCAGAGAGGAGGUAGAGCAAGGUCACCUGGUCUGAUUCAAGUGAGACCUGUGAAUAUGAGCAAAAGGCCUUGACUUAGCUUCCGCCUCACCCCCUCCCAUCUCCCUCUCAUUCUCUCUUUUCGGUAUAAUUGACUCUUUAAUAAAACAUGCUCUUCCUAAAGUUUCAUACAUUUAAAAACAGAGAAUCAAUUCUCGGCUGUUCCACCAUUAAAAACCUCUCUCCUGUUAAAUCUAGCAUCUCAAAAUGAUCCGACCCCUACCUUGCUUGCCAGUCUAAUGCACGUCCCCCCCGCUCUUUGCCGUCUUUUGCAUGGGUCACGCACUGCUUCUUCCAACCACGCAGAAUGCCAAAUUCCAGUGUAUCCUGUCUGUUAGUCAAUCAGCUUCCUGAGUCCAAUUAAGAUCACUUGGAUUGGGCCCUGUCACACCUGUCUGCGUUACAUAAUCAAUGCCAGACAAUAGAAUUUGCUGGACUAUCCCCUUGUGCUCCUGUCCACUGUGUGUACCAGCUGUAGAGGACAUCCAAUUAACCGUAGGGAUCAUACUGCCUCUAUUGAACUUUUCUCUCUUACACUUCACAACUACACUUAAAAAAUCAUCCUAUGCCUUAAAGUAGCUUCCAAAACCUACAAGAUUGCCCUCCUAACAAUUUGUGGUUUUUAUUAACUUUUUAUGAAGGAUUUUUAAGAUAUAAAAUUUGGAACCUAUGGUUCUUCAUAAAUGAAUAAAGGGUAGCAUAACGUCCUGAAAUCUGAUUGGCCACUUUAUAUGCCAGCUCAUAAGUCUUAGUUACGAUUAGCUCUUGGCCUUGCCAGAGGCGGCAAUUGUGUUUUAGUCAACUGUUUGAGCCGUGUUGUAACAGCCUUUUGUAUUUCAAUGUUUCAAUUAGGGGUUGGAAUCACUAGUGGCCCAAUGAUACAAUAUUAUCACGAUAUUUGGGCCACAAUACGAUAUUAUUGCAAUUUUGGUAACACUUUACUUGACGCCUAUCUCUAUAACGCAUUAUAAAUAUAAGUAUAUGUAACUCACUGGCAAUGCCCAUACACAUAAUGCAAUGCAACUGUUUUUAACAUUUAUAACACAUUAUAAUACCUGACCUUGUAAGUCAUGAUAAAAUGCUUGAUAAUGUGUUAUGAUUAUUGCUAUAAAGCAUUAUGAUCAUUUAUGAGUGUUUAUAACUAUAGUUAUACAGUGCUAUAACGUGAUUAUAACACAUUAUUCAUGUAUUUAUAAUGCGUUACAGAGAUAGGCGUCAAAUAAAGUGUUACUGUAAUUUUUAACAUUUUGCAAUACAGUCAGUAUUGUGAUACAAUAUAUUGCGAUUUAUAUAAUUUUUUUCAACUGUUAAGCCAAUUUAUUAUUUGGCUUUCCUUUAUGUUUGUCUUAUUUACACAGUUUUUUAUUUUCAUGUAGCAUAUCUUGGAAAACCUUGUGUAUAUAUAUAUUAGUUGUACUAACUUUCUCCUACUCUAUCAUGUCACCUCAGCCAACCUCAGUGGACAAACAGUUGAUUUUUUUUUUUCAUUUUUAUAGAUUUGACUUUAUGUUAGCAAUUAAUUUGAAAAAUCGAUACUAGGUGAAUUAGACGAUUUGAUAUAUCACCAGACAAAAUAUCAUGAUACUAUGCUGUAUCGAUUUUUUCUACCACCCUGAGUUUCAAUCUUUAAUCAUAAGAGAAUUAGGCUAACAUUUAUGCAUACCUUGCCACCUUGUUUUAUAUUCCAUAUAUUUCUUUAUCUUUCUGGUACUUUAGUUCUCAUUUGGUCCGUCAACUCAUUCUCUUUUGAUUGAAGGUGCAUUGCAGAGGCUCUGAACCUCAUUACUACUCUCAGAUUGACUUUACAUGAAUUAAGGAGUGAUGACUUAAUCUUAAAACUCCUGUAGUCAGAGCCUUCGGGUAGAUUUUGAGAAAAGGAGAGCCAGAGACCAGAAAUCUUGCAUCACAAAAAGCCGCCUAUUUGAGAAGACUCCUGGCAGCUAAUUAUGAGAAUGGUGCAAAUUUUGUUUAUCUCCAGCCGGCUGCCUGCCUGAACUAGCCCACAGGCAAUGCUCCAUUAGUUAAAAUAGAUAUGAUCAAGAGAUACUGAAAGAGAGAUAAAUGCUGUUUUGCUGCGUGCAACCCCGCCCCUCCCAUCCCCCUAAAUCAUGUCCUCAUUUGGGCCACCUCAGCCCACAAAGUCUGGAUCCGCCCCUGUAAAAGUGGAAAUUCUCAUUUAAAGGUCACUGACCUUUUGAAGUAGCUGCUACUUAUAGGAGCCGUCUUAAACAAUAAAUCCAAUCCAGGGGUGUGUUUCAUAUUUUUUUUAAAGGACAAAAGUAGAAAAACAAACUCACAAGCAGUCAAGAGUUAUUGUUAGCACAUUACUUAUAGCCUUUUAACAAUGGAGUCAUGAAGAACCCCAAUCCUAUCUGGCUAUUUUCUGCUAACAGGCUUACAAAGUUUUACUUAAUUAGGUUUUGGCAAGUCUUCAGUCCCCUUAUAGUAACCUGGUCCAUAUGAGAGGUCACUCAAGUUAGACUAGAUAUAUCACUUCCGCUACAGCUCUUUCUGUCCUGCGUUGAAGUGAUUCAGUUGUUCUGCAUUCAUGGUUUUUAUUUUUUAUUUUUUUGUGUUUUUUACUCGUGUAGCUGUGCGGUGAGUCAGCCUGCUGUUAUUUGUAUUCUCCACAGCUUGCCAGACACGACUGCAAUAUUAAACUCACCGAGACAAGAUUGCAAAAUUUACAGUUGUAUGUUAAAUUCUGCAAGAGCUUAAAAGCAAAAGUUCAACUCUUUUUUUUUUUUUUGUGCAGAUUUAUUCCGUGAUAAUCUCGAAGAAGUAUCCGCUUUGGGAGCAGCGUUUGUUAAUGAGCCGCUCCCUCUCACCUGUAGCUCAUCCCUCCGCUCUCUGCCUUCUUAAUGUUCUUCUUCCAUCUCUCCAGGGGGGUGGGAGAGAAUGGGAGAUAGGGAGUUGAACAUUUGUGUGUGUUCUCAGUAAGUGGGAGUGGGGAGUGUCGGGCGCGGUAGUUUAACAUUCCAGGAAUCCGUCCAUGGUCGAGCCUCAUGGUUGUGUGAUUCUGUCCGUUUUGCAGAGGAGGGCAAUGAAUGGCUAACCCACUGCAUAACUCUGGAGACAUUCCCCAAAACACUGCCCACACAUGCAUAUAUUCAUACGCACACACACACACAUUAUCCAGAGUAACCUGCACUUUAUACUUUGAUUCAUUAUAAGAGAAACAGAUGCACUCUCUGCAGCAGCUAAUGGUGAUAUUAAUGUAGCAGAAAAAGCUCUGAGUGAAUUGUUAUGGAGUGCUGAAGGGUUUGUGUGAAAUUUAAAAUUCCUCAUCCAGCGGGCCUUAACUUGUUGCUGGUAAACAUCUUACACGGUCCAUGUAGUCGUCCUUUACCCUGCGUGUACAAAAAGUCCUCACUCGAGCUGCAAGAUGGCUCCUCUCCAAAACAUUCUCCCUCCACGCUACACAGGAUCCUCAAGCCCUCUUCCUUAUAUGCAUUUUACCCGCUCACACAAGUACAUGCACACUCUCACACAAAACACACACACGCUGCCAUCCUCUGCGCACGCAUGUGGGUGGAAGGAGAAGGAGAGCAGAGGAGCGAAAGAAAAAGAGAGAGAAAGAGAGAAGAGAAGCCCUAACCCUUUCCCCUCGGCUGGUGGAAAGUGAAACUUCAGAGUUUUUCUUCCUCCCCCUCUCCGUAGUGUUUGAUAGCGUAGCACUGGCAGCCUCUGUGUGCCCCCCUGCCCACUCUCUCCCGCUGUGUUCUGGUGGCCAGCUGCUAGCAGACUUGCAGUUGUACGUGAGUGGGUGGGUGAGACUCGUUUCCUGUGCUCCUCAGGGCUCCGCUCCAACAACUACUGCAGCACACUCCGGCCAGGGGCCACGGGGGCCACUAUUCAUAACAAACAGGGGGCUGGCUCCUCUCCUCCUCCUCCUCUUCCUCUUCUUCCUCCUCAUCUUCCACCAUCACCACCUCCACCACUACCGCCAUCAUCCUCAUCAUCAUCUUCAACAUCAGCAUACUGCCCACCCACUCCACCCACGCCACUGCACCCCUCUGAGCCUCGGCCCCUGGAGGCCCCCGGUCUGCGGGCUGGGGCGACCCCGCUGCGCUCAGAAGGGUUGGACAUGGAAGUGGAAGAGGCCCCUGAGGGCUCCGAGCCCUCCACCUUGCCUGAGGUAAGCGAACAUAGAGCCUGGCUCUUCUCCAGGGCGGAGGCUGUUCUCUGGGUACCACUCCACCAGUCAGAUAAAAGUUUGUAAGAAUGAGCGGAGUUAGCAUCCAGGGGGCAGCUUCACCCUGCUUCUGCACACAAACACACACACAAAUACACACAAAUGUACACAGAGGGGGGUUGAGCUGAUAGAGAACAGAAAGUAACUAACAAAUACUUGGACUAUGAGUCUCAUGAGCAGGUGUGUUAACAGCAGGGUGUACUCAGGAGGCACAGACCCCUCCCUAAAAUCUGAUUGGCCACCCCUGGUGCCAGUCCACAAACUAUGAUUGCCAAUCAGCCCUGUCAGAGGCGGGAUUCAAAGUUUUUUGGAUAUUUUUUUGAUGCCAUGGCUUUUGUAGACAUAUCUAUUUUGAGUAUGGCAUGCUAGAUUUAAUUGUUAGCACUUUUUUGUACACUAAUAAAACAACAAAUUUAAAUAGAAUAGAUCAGAUCAGUGGAAACCAAAAUGGCAAACUGUGUUAUUCAGUCAUGUCUUCAUAAGCUAGGGAUGGGAAUUGAGAACCGGUUCUAGUUGAGAUCCAGUUCCAAAUGAUUCAAUCCAUCGACAUCAUUUAUAUUUUAUCUCAAAUUCCCUUAACGAUUCCUUUCUUCCGGUUGCCUUGAAAAGCGGUCUUGCGAGUGCCAGCCGACACGAACGAGACCAGAGAGAGAGAAAAAAACAUGACGGAAGGCAUAAAAAGUAGGCAGAAACGAGCUUAAGUGUGGCUUAAUUUUACUAAGAAAGUCGACAACAGUGUAACUUUUGUCGAUAACAUGCAAAGGUGGAAACACCAGCAACAUGCUUAAACAUUUGUCAUCGGGGCAAAUAUAAGGAGUCACAGGUAUUCAAUGCUUUCCACCGGUUGUCAGCCGCUGCUGCUCCAUCUCAGCACGGCAUAGAAGGUACUUAUGUUAGGGUGACCAUACGUCCUCUUUUACCCGGACAUGUCCUCCUUUAGGGGAGCUUAUAAAAUCCUUCAAAUGUGCGGAACGAGUAUUCAUUCAUUACAAAACAGUGCAGCGCAUCAGUGCUCUCUGCAGCUCUGCUCCUCUGCUCACUUCUAAGCAAAGCCACUGAUGCAACGCAUAUAUGCACUGUCUUUGGGAAUUUAGAAUAUGUGUUUAACUGAGUUAGAAGCACAUAUAAAACACUAGACCCGACCAAAGAACACUCAAAAUUUCAAGUCCACCCCGCGUAGUAGUGUCCUCUUUUUGGGGAUUCAGAAUAUGGUAUGGAAUAAGGUAUGUCCUGUGUUAAUAUGAGCACAAUGCACGCCAGAAAUGCUGUACAAAUAGCAUUUCUGUUUUAUGAUUUUUAGACUCUCACUGAAGAUGGCAUAUAUCUUUCAGUUACCAGAGUUAAAGGUGAAAACCUAUAGUCUACUUUUUUUUUAAAAUAAGAAAGGCAUUGAUAAGGGAUCGUUAAAGAAUUGAAUCGAUAAGCAGAAUCGAUAAUGGCAUCGAUAUCGAUAAAAUCUCAUCAAUUCCCAUCCCUAUUAUAAGCAGAGCUGGGCCCACAAUCAUGAACCUGUUAACCAUGAUUUAUCACAUGACUUUUUUAUGAACUCUACCAUUUAAAAAAAUGAUUUUCAAAGCUUUAAACUUCCAUUUAAACAACAUUUUCUUCAACCAAGUCAUUUGAGACUUGCCUAACUUCACUGAAGAAAAGCAGCUCUCUGGCAGCUGACGGCAUCUACACCGAGCUGGGGAGCAGCAGCUAACAAUUUGGCUACAACAGUCUGCUCUUUUACAUAAAAAAUACUAUGAAGAGCUGUUUAGGAGCCAAAAGAGCCAAGUCAUGCUUAGCCAAAUGAUCUGAAUCACUCAAGCCUAUACACUGAGGUCUUUUACUGGAGUAAGAAAAAAGAUCAUAACCCUGAUCUUACAUGGUAAGAUGGAUCUCAGACAAGUUAAGCAAGAGCACUCGGCCUUUGUAGAUUUGAUGUAGCCGUUGCUGGAUCUUUAUGGAUAAAAGGUGUUUGGAUUCGAUCCUUUACUGGACUUGGAUCCUGGAAACUCUCUGCAUUGCUUGCAGAAAGGGGACCAAAUCCACUAGACUUUUUUUUAAUCAGUUUUGAUGUUAAUGAAUGGAAAGUUUACAUCUUUGUAAAUAGAUAAAAGGUUAACAGAGUCAGUUUUUUAUUAAUUGUGCCCACCUCUGUUUUUGAGUUAGGGUUAGGGUUAACAAAUCUAUCUAGACAAAAACUCUUUACAAGCCCCUGCUCACAAGGAGAUGUAGAGGUGAUUUCUCGCUUCUAUAUCCACACGAACAUCUGCGCUCAACCCCUCUCUGUGUCUUAUUCUCCAUGAGGAAUCUAACUUUUUUUCCCCAAAAGAAACGUUUUCUUUCGCCUUUCUCUUCUCUCUCUUUGUUUUUUUUUCUCCUCUCUCUGUCCCUUUCAGAUUUUCUAAUUCUCCACUCUUGCCUCCCUUUAGCGUAAUCUUUUUUAAUAUAGCUAGACCCUAUUCACCGUCAGAGCCAGGAGUCUUUGCUCAGCAUUAGCGCUGAUGUAGUUUGUAGUGGUUACAUUAGAGAUGACACAUCCAGUCACAAUGGCGGCGUGUGCUCAGAGAUGGCAGAUAACGGCCAAGGUGCUGAGAUGAGACUGAGUAGAAUCAAUACAAGUAGACAAUGAGAGGUUUGCUCUCGCAGCCCAGGAAAUUGUUUGUUCUGCUGUGUGUGCAUGUGUGUGUGUGUGUGUGUGAGAGAGAGAGAGGGAGAGAGUGUGGGCGUGUGUGUGAGUAUGGCAGUAUGAGCAUGAGUUUCGUGCCAGUCAGUGUGUAUGAGUGUGUGUGUGAGCAUUUAGGAGCAGCAUUUGAUUUCAGCGGACCUGCCUCCCAACAAGCCUCCCUAUCUCUACGGACAAGCCAUCUGUUUGCCCAGUGCAUGGUGUUCUGUUCUUAGAGAGGAGGAGGAGGAGGAGGAGGAGGAGGAGGUGUGGAGUGUAAGGACAGAGGAAAUAGGUGGGGGUGAAGGAAUUGCAGAGACAUGGAGUCGAUGGAUAAGUUUAGAUGGGAUAUAGAUGAGAGAAAAUAGAGGGGACAGGUGUUUUUGAGUGCAUGUGUAGAUGACAAUAUGAACACUGUAGAAGAAGCUAACAGCUCAUUCUGUUUCAUAGCGCAGCUUUAACAUCCAGGAGGUGUCGCCUUUGUACAACUCUUUUUUUUUUUUCUUCUCAGUUUGCUUCUUAAUCUUUCAAAAUGUGUCUGUUUCUAAAACCAUUCUGAUCUGUGCUUUUUCUUUUUUCCAUGUUUGUUUCUCUGUUUUUCCCUCAUGUGUGAAUAAAGGUUGUCUUCACAGCUUGUUUCACCUGCCUGCCACCUGCAUGCCCAGACAGCAUUCCAUACAGAGUGUAGAAAUGUGCAUGUGUGUGACAUAACGGGAUGUUUUGUUGCUUACAGGAAGGUGUGAAAGACAGAGAAAAUGUGAAGGAAAACAGCACAGGUAUGGCUUUAACGGUUCGGAUUUACAAGCAUGUCAUCUUUUUAACUUGAGAGAUGUCUUUAAGCUGAUCUAUUUUCGUCCUUGUUUCUCCAUUAGCCUUGGAGGGUAACCAGUCUCCUAUCGAGAGGGAUCAGAUGGGUGAAGAGAGCUGCACUGGGGGCUCCACAGGGCCUGCGUCAGUGUCCGUGGUUGGCAGAAGGUCUAAAGGGCUGAUGGUGCCGGGCGAUGACAAAAGAAUCCUGCCAGAGUCCGCUGUCUGGCCCUCUCAGGGGUUCGCCUGCUCCCUGUGCAAACGGCUGUUCAGCAGCCUGCAGCAUCUCAGGGAACACGAGUACCGCCACACCAUGUCCCUCAUGGCUUUGUCCCUGGACUGGCAGAGCAUGCAGGGUCCCCACCACCAAACCAGCCAGUCCCUCCACCAACAACAAUCACAGUCUCUCAACCUGCACCAGUCUCUCUACCGCCAAUCACCGGCUGAGCCGGCACCUGCCCGCUACCUCUGCUCCCAGUGCCCCGCCAGCUUCACCCUCAAAUCCAACGCAGACCGUCACGAGAAGACAAUCCACUUCAAGAAGAAGCUGAUGCAGUGCGUGUACUGUCUGAAGCACUUCAGAGACCGCACAGACCUGCACAGGCACCUGUCCUCCGUGCACUCCAAAGAGAGAGGACACACCUGCCCAGCCUGUGCCAAGGCUUUUAGCACCCAGAAGAACCUGGCCACACAUGUUAAAGUAUGCUGCCAGAUGGGGUCAGGGUCAGGAGGCAUGCUGGGAGGAAGCGCCGGCAUGGAGAUGUAUCAGGGCGGGGGGGUUAUUGAUUCACUGUGGAGGCUCUCUCAAGAGAUGAAAGUUGAUAAUCUUAGUAUCAAUGUGGAAAACUGAGACUCGAUUCGAGAUCUGCAGGCUUGUGCGCACACGUUAAUACCCAUCAGUUAGCGGCGCGUCCUCACGUGAGUUGUGCGCUCGCUCAUGCCAAAAAAAAGCUCUGUGGUGUCAUUGCACUGAGAAAGGAAGAACUAAAAUGUCUUUUAACGUUAAUAUUUAUAGUCGAGUCUUUUUGUCUUACGAGUUGUCAAAUUUUAUGUCAUAUUAUUUUCUAAGAGGUGAUUUACUCCGAUUUGACAGCUUUCACGUCUACAAUGUGCGACUGCUAUGCAAAGCUGCUCUUGUGAAAGAACUCAAACUGUUUGUAGGUCUGUUUUUAAGAUAAUGUGUAUUCUUGUGUGUAGUCUGAGUGUGCAUUUUUGGACACUCCAACAGGUGAAUUACUUCGUCUUUGGUGCCGACAGGGUGGUGAGACAGGCAGGAGUCUUUCAUGCCUGCCCAGACCUAAACCACUUGUCUGGCUCUCUGUCGCCAUGCAGUCACCAGCCUGACUAAAACUCUUCUCUCCUUUUUAGGCAGAGAUCUUUAUCUUUGUGUCCAGCCCUGUAUUACCAAAGGCACAAAGACACUCAGAAACAGUCCCUGUCUGCCAGGCUUUAAACACGCAACCACACCCCCUGCAGGACGAUUGUAGAACUGCAGCAUGAGAGCAGAAUUAAAAACCCAUAUCUGGUCAUUUUUCCAGCAAGUUUGAGCGCAAAAUUUAUCACAAAACUUCAGCUUCUCCUACUUUUCUUUCAGUUUUAUUCAAAAAAACGUUUAUUCUUAAACCUCACCACAAUUUAAAAUCAUCUCUUCAUCCAUUUUACCUUUGUAGAUCGGUACAGAUGGAGGGGAUGCACCAAAGAGACAAAGCCAGCAAAAACAAUAGAGCAGUAGCAGCUCAGAUGGGGGUUGGGUGGUGUCAUUUUCUCCCCCCUUCCCUCUCUGUGUCCAUCUCCUCUGUCCCAGAUCUGUAAGUCUUGGAGUGGCUGGAGCUGGACAGUAAUUGGUCCUUCAUGGCUCCGGCCCUUCUUAACCCCUGACCUCUCCUGUGAAGAGGAAGUGGAGGCCAAAGGGGGGCGGAUGCGCUUUAAACUAGAUGAGCUUAGUGAUGUCACCGCUGCGGGCGGAUAAUAAUGUGGUGGGGACUGUAGGGUGGAAUAUAGGGGGGACAAGUGAGGGAUAAUAGGAGUGGAAUAAGGGAAAGAGUGAAGACAGACUACAUGGAUGGAGAGCUGGAGCAAGAAUAUUUUUGAAUCCGAUAAACUCUGGCCUCAAAAUCACUGCUAAUGCAAAUUUACACCGAUUUCUGCCUAAAAAAUCUCAUUUGAGUUUACAGCAGGCCCACCCUGCAGCUAUAAACCCAAGAUAUGCAUGAUGAAACCCAUAAAUAAAGAUUUAUCUAGUAUAACCCAUACUCUGAGACACCCACGUUUGUGUGUGUGUCUCUGCCUGUUUUGCCGUGUUAAACCCAACAUAUGGAAAUCAAAACGUCUAGGUGCUCUUGAAACGCAGAACCGGUGUCUUUUGGGAACAUUUCCCCCCCUUACUCUUCUUGUAUAAACCCAGGGAACUCCCAAAUGCCAAAUCCUUUCUGAUACGAAAUCCCAUAUCUCAGGUAGCACACUGGGUCCUGUUCAGCAGCUGAAACAAAGACUGGCAGGCUCAGAGAAGUCAGGAACUCAGAAGGAACUGAGCAAAGUCACCCAUGGAGAGAGCUUCAUCAAACACUGUACGCCCGUUUGAGGGUCAUUCUUUAGCUGUAAAUACUUCGAGAUGUAUCUAGAAUAUGUUUUUUCUCAUUGAAAACAAAUAUGUACUGUACGAGGUUAUGUACUUUUCUCAACAGAAUGAGAUUCUGCCUGUAGUUUUUAUGCUGGAAUUAAAACGUGAUGGAAUAUCCGAAAACUUCUCCGUAGUUUUCGUCUUUCUUUGUCGGCACCUGUCUUCACUAAAUGACAUUAUUCCUUUUUUUUUCUGUAUUUGCAUGUAAAACGUGAUGACGAUGCUUAAACCUGUUGCGCACUUGAUGUGUACUUGCGUGUUUUUGUGAGUGUUUAUUUAGAGCAGAAGUCACUUUGCAGAUGGAGGUAAUUAUACUGUAUCACUUUCGGCUUAUAACCCUUAAAUGUGUGUGUUUGGACCCUUUUCCUUCAUGAACACUAGACGUGCGUGUGUGUGUACGUGUGCUAUAGUGUGUGUUGUGCUGUGUCCUUAUAAAUCCAGCCCUGAUCUCUCAUGGUCACAUACUGUAUGCCCUCGCUGUUCGGUUUCCCUCACAGACACAAACAUCACGCACACACAAUCUGUUUACUUGGAUGCCCUUCACCUGGCUUAACCACCAUUUAAGUCUAGACCUUGAGAUAAUUGGCUUAACAGACCUUUACACAAGAUUGGGUCAUGGUAUUGAAAUUAUCUGUUUAUUAUUUGUAUUUUUUUUUCCCUCUGAAGCCGCCCUCUUUGUGUGUGUGAUUUUAUUUCCCAACCCUCUGCCUCCUUGUCAUCGUCUGUGUUUGUCUCUCCGUCUGUGUUUUUGCCGUCCAUAGCAGAGACCUUCUAGAGUAAACCAAGGCAGACUGAGUGUUGUGUCGUGUUUAUAGUAUCUCUUUGCCUUUAUUGCUUUAGCAUGGAGGAAGAGCUGUUGCCAGGGCAACUGUAGCUUUGAAUGGGAUUGGGGUGGCCAUGGGAAUUGAUGGUACAUUUCUAGACCAUGCUGCUAAUUAAAUGUAAUAACUGAAAAGUGACGUCUCGGUUUAUUUAAACCAGACUCGUUCCACACUAAUCAUUUUUUCUCCCCCUCCUCUCCGUCUCUACAGUGAAUGACUUUACGGUGAUCCGGAAAAAGUUCAAGUGCCCCUACUGCAGUUUCUCUGCUAUGCACCAGUGCAUCUUAAAGAGGCAUAUGCGCUCCCACACCGGCGAGAGGCCCUACCCCUGUGAAAUCUGUGGCAAGAAGUUCACCAGGAGGGAGCACAUGAAGAGGCACACACUGGUGAGUACAGAACAGUCACCAGCAGGAGGCAGUAAGCAACACUGAGAGUGUUUAGAUCAGCGGUUCUCAAGUCCAGUCCUUGAGGCCCACUGUCCUGCUCCAACACACCUGAUUCAAAUGAUCAGCUCGUUACAGAGCUUGAUAACGAGCUGAUCAUUUGAAUCAGGUGUGUUGGAGCAGGGAACAUCCAAAACAUGCAGGACAGUGGGCCUCGAGGACUGGACUUGAGAACCACUGGUUUAGAUAAUAAAAGUAGCCACUACGUUACCCAGCGGUUUGUUGAACUGCCUCAAAUUUAGUUUGUUUGGCACCGGACUGUAGACUUCUUUACAGCCGCCCUGAAGGUUAUCAAACACAAAAAUGUUUCUUGAAACUUUUCAUAAAACUUUUUGGCAAUGCUCUAUAAUAUAUCAAGAUCCUGAAUUUAAGUAUUCACAAAUAGUUUAAAAGUUUUGUUCCACUAAUAAGUGUUUAAAAAUGUUAUUUAAUGCAUUAUUCACACACGUAUUAUUGCUUAGGGUUAGGGUUAAACUUCUGAUUAGAAUGGAUGUUUAUUAACAUUAACCAGACUUUAUAUGGGUAAAUUUAAGAUGAAUUGACAUUCAUUAAAAAUUUUAACCACACUUGCAAGAACUCUUGACCAAUAACAAUGAAAACGACAUCAUAAAAGGUUUAAUUAGUUAUUUAACUUACCAAAUAUAACUGUAUUAUCCUUUGUUGAAAUCAUAACUAACAUUUUCACUCAUAAGCUCCCUGCAGGGAAUUCACUGAAUCUUAACAAUAAUUAAAACAAUUUAAUUUAAAUUUUGAUUUAAAUUUAAUUUUGUUUUAUAUGAGUAAGACUAUAAACAGUUAAGAUGAAGGAUCAAUGUAAAAAUCCUUUAUAAUGCACUUUUUAACAUCUAACACUCCUUUACACCUAUACUAACACUUAUUAAUAAUUAUAAGCCUCUUAAGGGUUUAUACCUCUCUUAUAAGCCUCACAAGGUCUCACAAGUUGCUAAGUUACUAAUAAUUAAUGCUUGUUACAUGGACCUUUAUGUAAGGUAUUAUUAAAUUAUUAUCCAAGACGUAAAGACAUGUCAUGGAACUUAAAACAAUUCACCAAUCACAACUUUUCACAACUUUUCACUAAAUCUAGAGGUCUCACACAAAAGGUGUAAGGCUAAGCAACCUGGAGUGGCUGAUAUUGACACUAAAACACAGUAAAAACACAAACAAACAAACACAAUAAAACAGUUUCAGUGACUGAAUCAGCUGCUUGAAUGUGUAACAUGUGUGUGACCAGGUUGUCCUUAGCACCAAUCUUGCUAUUAAGAGUUAAGAGCCAUUUUUUAAUUGGGUUUUGACCAAUCAGAAUUAAUAAGAAUCAAGAAAAUAAUGCAACCAGAUGACAAGUGCUGACAAACACCAAAACAGUAAUUUUGUACCAGGCUGUUGAGUGUUCACUGCAAUCGUGAAACUUGGGUUUGACUCUUUUUCUGGGUCUGCCUCCAGUGGUCACCUGAGGAACUGCAGUGUUUGGUACUCUAUUUCUGACCUCUAGGGGUUGCCUCUUGCAGUGAUCCACAGAGUAGAUGUGGGCUAAAACUGUGUUUUCUGUCCCACAGGUCCACAGCAAAGACAAGAAGUAUGUAUGUAAAGUCUGCAGCCGUGUCUUCAUGUCGGCAGCCAGUGUGGGGAUCAAACACGGCUCUCGGCGACACGGCGUCUGUGCCGACUGCUCCGGCCGGGGCAUGGCCGCCCUGCUGGACCACAACGGGGAAGUGGGAGGAGACAUCUCCCCGGAGGAGGAGCUGUAUCCCGGUGACCGUUUCCAUGAUGACCAGGCGGAGUGCGACGGUGAUGGCGAAGGAGAGGAGGAGAUGAUGGUGGAAGGGGACGGGGAGAUGAUAGGAGAGGGCGAGGAAGAGGGAGGAGGAGGAGGAGGUGGUGGAGGUGGAGGAGGGGGAAAGUGGAAGGACUCAGGGAUAGGGGCUGAGGCGCACAGAGCACUGGACAAUGAGAAAGAGGAGAGCGACUCUUCGGCACAGGAAGGGGAGCAGCAGAACGGGAGCGAGAGGGACUUCGCCUGGAUCUCCUAGAAUCUUCUGGGCUCCCGUUAGCGGCUCCUUUGACCAAUCUCUGAAGAUCUUUCACGAUCUUUCGGGCAGAAACAUCUGCUCUCUUUACCCACUCGUCCCAGCGUGGGCAGGCCUUCCUUUGAACGGAAACGCCGUGGGGUGAUGCGCGACAAUGAUCUCAAACAUACACACGCACACAGACACACACACACACACACUUAGGCCAUUCUCAACACUGACUGCCAUAGUUGAAGAAGAAAUGGUGAAGAGAUGGCUCGAGUGCAAGGCUUUUUCCGCUUACCUCCUUUACUUCUGAUGCAGUGUUUUGUGUUUCUUUUUCUCGAGGGUUCAGGCCAGAGUCCAGUAGUUUUCUACUCUGUCACAACAGGAAUCAACGAGGACGCUGCCAAGGACGUUGAGACUGCAACUUUGUAUGUCUGCCAUCACAAUCACCAUGGAAACCAAGGAUCACUGACAGUGUGGGGAAAUAGCCAGAAAGGGAAGGGAAGGCUGAAAAAAAAAGAGUCUCUCUGUGAGUAAAGAGGGGAAUCUAAAAUCUAUUGCAAUGCUUCGUGUGUCAGAGGAGCAGGCGGCCCAACGGCACAUUGUUGAUGCAGAGUCCUACUGCCACAGACUUGCACUUUAACGACAACUGACUCGUAUCAAAGCCCUGAACCCGUGGUUUACAUUUUUGAUCUGACCUUUGCUUACCUAAAACAACUCGGUGACCGCACCUACCUUUAAGGAUAUACCAUAUGUCCUCUUGACUGUUAUCACGAUAUAGAAAUCACUGAAUCUUUGUGCAGAUUGCUGUUUAUAGAGCCUAUGCCUUUCAGUGGGGUCCUUAAUCUUUUCUUCGCUUAAGUUUACCACACGGUUUCUCUUAAUCCAUUCCAACAAGAGGGAACUAAUGUACAUACAGUUUUUGGGACUUUUGGGAGAAAGGUGUGUGAGACAGAGAGAGAUGGAAAGAGACUUUUACAGUGUAUGAAUCUCUUGGACUCCAACUUCUGCGUCCAUGUUUGGGAAGUCAACACAAGCACACAUUUAAUCCACAUAAACGUACACUUUCGAACUCUUUCCGUCUCUCUCAGCUCAGUCUCUGGUGCAGUUUCUUGUGAUGAUCGGACCUAAGGAGGAUCAGCCUUUGUUUUAUAAAAAAACGGUUUCCUUUUUUUUUCUGUUUUCUUUUCUUCUCGGUCAGUCAUGUUAUUCCAGUUUGAUCAGUACAGAAUAUGCAGACUAUUUCUACGGUUUUAUCUUUCUUUGGUGGUAUAUUUUCUCUCUGGCUUUGUAAGGUUAAAAGAAGAGGAUCAAAAAUUGUGCUUGAACUUCGUAGAGUAUUUGUUUUGUUUUAACAGCUAUUUAUUAUAUAAAAAAAAAAACAAGUGUGUGAUGCCUAAUUUUUUUUUAGGAGUCAUUCCUUCUUUCAUGUUUGUGUGCGCAUGUGUGUGUGUGUAGGUUUGUGUGGACGGGCUGGAUGUUUGUGUGCAAGAAUGUCUGAGCGUGCAGUGUCCAAAAAAGUCUAUAUUGAUUUCUUCAGAUUAUUUCCUUGUUUUGGCGAUGUUAUUGACAAUUCAAGUGAGGCAGAUGACGUCUUAUUAUGAGUAUCAGAACUAUGAUUAUUGUUGUUGAUGUUCCUAUUAUUAUUAUUAAUUAUUAAGUGCUGGAUGCUAAGCUUUAUUGUGUGUUCUUUUUUGAUAUUUCAUAUCUUGUAUAAGAAAAAAAAGCUUUUAUACUUUGCCUUGUUGUGGACAGCAAGCCAUGGGGCUUUUAUCAAACCUUUUAUUGUGCCAGUUUACGCUUUCUCUGUUGUAUUUGCUUUUUCUUUUUUCUUUUUAUGAAGGGGAAUCUUCACUGUCAAACCUCUCUGUUAAAUAUUGAUUGAAACAUAUAUUCCGCACACGCUUUUUUUGCAUCACUAAUGUACACUAAUUGAUGAAUAUGGAACCAAAAACAAUCUAGUACCUUGUAUACAUGAAGUGCUUUUGUUUCACAGUCUUUGUGUGCAGGUGGUUUUUUGGAUUUAUUGCUGUGGUUAACCAGUUUUUUCUCGUUGGGUUGUUUUUACUUUUUUGAACCUGUCACUAUUUGUCACAGUUAUAAAAAAAAAAAAAGUGCACAUGUUACGGUGUUGUGAAUAUGAAGGGCUGUGUGAAAGGACCGGCUACAUUUAGAGGACAGCUUCUUUAAUUUGUUAUCCCUCCUUUCUUACUGUGUCACACCUCGCAUGAAAUACAAUCAAGCAGAAAUUCAGCAUGCAGAUGAAACUGAAACUCUUGUGUGUUGAGUCUACAUGCUGUGUUUCUAGCUGCCGGUGCUUUACUGGCUUGACUCUCGAUUAUUUCCACAGUGGGAAAGUGAGCACUGCAGCAGUUAACUCUGGGAAACAAUUUGUUGCAAGUGCUGGUUGCACACAUCAGCUGCCAUGGACUGCACUUCCCAUUAUCCCCCCAGAAGCUCUCAGUACAAUCUGAUUCUUUCAUGUCUGGCGAAUGUCUUUACUUUAUUUGUAUUAUUUAUUCUGCUUCUGUUUGACCCCUCGAAUCAAAUAGUUGUGAUUUUAGGUUUUAAAGAAAAAAGAAGAAAGACAAUGGAGUAGGAUUUUUUAAUGAAUGUCAAUGGUGGGUGUGGAAGGAGCCCAUGAUCGGUGACAAAUCUCUGUCCUGUGGUGCUGUUUGAGACCACUGAGAGACAUGUGGAUGAAUGUGACUCCCUGGCCCUGCGCUCUUCUCACAACCUGUACUGUACGUCUUCUUCCUCAUAACCGGGUUGUAACUUCAGGAAAAAAAAUGUCCGCCAUCAACCCCUCAAUAUGUGCCUCAAUGACAUUUCACCUUGUGUGCUUGUGAGUGUUUUCCGAGCGAUGUGCGUCUGUGUUUAGACGGAUAGAGAUUUUACUAAAAAUAAAAAAGAAGAAAAAUGAAAAAAAAAGCGACUGAUCAGAUUAGAGGUGCAAAAAGUUUUUUUUGAGGAUAAAACUUCAAAAAGACAAAUCAUGAUGGGCGACUCGAUUCUCCUUCCCACGGUGUGUUUAAUAACCUUUUGUGCCCUGAUUCUGUGGUCUUAACUGCAUGCCUGUGCUCAUUUUGUCAUACCAAAGCGACGUCUUCGGCAUCUGCACUCAACUGUCUCAUUCCACACGAUGCAAAACUGGAACUGUUUUCUCUCUUUGCAGAUGAAUAUGGGUAUUCUUAGACGUGUACAAAUUGCAAUCCUCAUUUAGCCUGUAUAGCUUGAUUCACACGUGCAAAUCAUGAAGCCAUAGAUAUGGGUAUAUCUAUAUUAUACUAUAUUUCAAAAUUGGCGCUUUUUACUUUAGAUUUUGUUCUUCUACUAAGAGUGAUGUGUGCAUACCUUCAUAUAUAUGAAUUUAUAUUACUAUUAUAUAUUAUUUAUUUCUCUCUCAAGUUUCAGAGGGGCUUUGAUUUGUAAAAGGUCGCACUUGAAGCUUGAGCUUUGUUUAUUUUCAUUGGGAAUAUUGCUCAAUAUGAUACUGACUUUAUAUUGAUGAUUAUCAUGAACCUGUGUUUGUAACAAAAAUGUGUUAAAUAAUCCAAAAAAAAAAAAAAAAAAAAAAAACUGUCCUGUUUUUACACCUGUUUUGUUUCAGGCAGAUUUAAGUGCUCUUGUGCAGUUUUUUUUUUCUUUCUUUUUUUUUUUUUUUCUUUUUUUUGUCAAACAUUUUUACAGCCAACCAUGAGCCUCCUGUUUUUGAUGUUGGGGUAGGCCCGGCGGCCGCGCAAGCCUCUUUCUAACUACAUGUUUAGUGGAAGAAUUAGCUUGACUAUUAUUUGCAAAAACCAAUCAGUCUCAAUAAAUUUUGAAAUUGCUGCUGUAAAGAAGUGACCAA